CGGCUUGAUCAUGCUGGCCACAUGACCUGGAAGCUGUACACCGGCUCCCUCGGCCAGUAAAGUGAGGUGAGCGCCGCAACCCCAGAGUCGUCCGCGACUGGACCUAAGGGUCAGGGGUCCCUUUACCUUUACCUUACCCUAGCAUGCGGCGUCCCUAGAAAUAUACAGUACAGGAAAUGUGCUGGCUGAGAAUGGUGUUCUGGGGAGCAGAGAUGGUAAACAGCCUGCCCUUUUUAAAAUUGUGAUGAAGAAGAAAGCAAGUUUGAAGGCUAAAAAUGUAAGAUCAGGACGACACGAAAAACUCCCACUCCAUGCAGUUCCCUGUGAAAGCUUGUGCACCGUUUAAAAGUGCAAAGAGGCAAAGGGAAAGUCUGAACUCUUUGCAGCUUUAUGGUGGCCACAGAUUCUGGUUUCCUCGCCUUGCCUCUUCCAUCUACCAUAAUUUUCUUUUUACUAUCGGACGGAAUGUACAGCUUCGUAUUUCGCGGUGCAUCAAACUGCUGGUGCAGGACCUUCAGAGAGCUCCCCUGAACCCUUUCUAACAGUUUCCUUCCUUCCUCGCAGGACGGGCGCCGGAGACCACAUCACCAUGCCCGAGGGAGCCCGCAGGGGCAGCACCAAGAGAGGCGGCAAGGCAGGUACGUACGCAAACCCACACGCCAGCAGAGAUUGUGCAGCCCCAAAGCUGUCUAUGGGGCAGCUUGGCCGAGGGGAGCUGUUUCCGUCCCAAACUUUUCCCGAUUGGCAAAAGCUGCCUUAUUGGAGAUCUCUGUCUCUGAAAAAGCCCAGCCCGGCGUGGGUUCCCCUUCCAGUGCCUGAGGCUUUUGACAAAUAAAUCCCAACCAAAGUCCGCUCGUCGGUUUUUGAGCCUGUGCGUCUCUCUCUCUCUCCACCUAGCCGCACGCUUUUUGCAAGCGGCGAAAGCUUUAGAUGCAAGAUUGUGGUACUUGGGGGGGGGGGCGGGAGGGAGGAAGCGGAGGAGAAUAAGUGUGCGGCCCUUUGCACAACUGCCUCUCCUCCCGGCAUCCUUCGCGAGGCAAACCACAGCUUCAAAAGGUGAGAGAGAGAGAGAAGAGAAAGCCACAAAAGGAUGUUGAAGAGAGCGAGGAGGUUUUCUAUUUUUUGAAAAGCCGGGGAGGGAGAAGGUGAAUGCAGAAGACUUGUGGUGAGGUGGGGGGCUAGGAAAAAAGACCGACCUCCUGUUGAACAGCUCCUUUGCACGUGGGGCUGGCCAGAGAUGGGUCAGGGCAGACGUCCUUUAUGGUAGGGGGCUGAGCGUGCAACUUUUUAUUUAUUUCCAACCCCUGCUGCGUUCUCUCUUUUCCGUUUCCUCCUGGCCCCCCGGCCCGCAGCACCCCGGCCCUCGUCCGUCUCCUCGCUGAGUGGUCUCGGCUCCAGCAUGGCGUCCGACCCCAUCUUGGGCAGCUGCACCUCAGUCAACACCGUGUGCUCGGACAGCGACCGCCCGGUCAGCCUCAGCUCCUCGGCGUCGUCCGCCUCGCUGCCGGACAGCCAGAGUGCCUUUGGCAGCAGCGGGGGGCUGGGGGGCUGCCCCCCAACUUACCCCCAGCACCAGAACGGCAGCGACAUCAGCCUGGACCUCACGCCGGUGGCCUUGCUGGACAGGCCGGGGGAAGCCCAGGCGGGCCCGGGUUGGUCGCCGAGUCCGGGCAGGGCCAGAGAGCGCCGGAUGAAGCUGUCUCACCUGGACUGGGUGGUGAUGGAGAUCGUGGAGACGGAGCAGUCUUACGUCCGGGACCUCAGGAGCAUUGUGGAGGUAAGGACAGAAUGAAGGAAGGAAGAGCAGACAGGGCUGAGCGCCUGGCCUCCCCUUGCAUUUUGAUCCUGCCUUUCCCUCCCAGGGGCUUCUUGGCAACAGCCCUGUAAGGUAGGGCGGCAACAUGAAAACAGGGCCUUUUCGGUGGUGGCUCCCCAUUUGCAGAAUGCUCUCCCUAGGGAAGCUCCCUUGACACCUUCAUUAUCUAUCUUUAGGCGCCAGGCAGAAAAUGUUCCUCUUCAACCAGGCCUUGGGCUGUUAAGCAAUCCAUGGUUGUUGUUGUUGUUGUUUUUAAAAUAGGGGGGUAUUGUUUUGUUUGUUAUUGUGUUAUGUAUUUUUGUGUUUUUAUGCUGUGUUCUUCAGAUGAAGGGUGGUGUGUCAAUGUAGUGAACGAAAUUAGAUAAGGUAGCUUAGGCUGAAAGAUGGUCAGGCUUGGCUUCGUGGCUGAGCACUUUUCAACCCAGCCUAGAACGCUCCAUAGCAUGUUGAUGGAGUAUUGCGUAAGGUUCUGGUCGCCUUUCCUCAAAAAGGAGUUGGAAAAGGUUCCGCCAAACUGAUCGAGGGGAUGGAGCGACUCCCCGGUGAGGAAAGGUUGGGGCUUUUUAGUUUAGAGAAAAGGCGAGGAAGAGGCGGCGUGACAGAAGCAUGUGAAAUGAUGCACAGCGUGAAGAAAAUGGAGAGAGAUUUGGGUUUCCCCUCCUUUCUCAUAACACUAGAAGCUGAAUGCUGGAAGAUUCAGGACAGGCUAAAGAAAGUCCUUCUUCACGCAGCGCAGAGUUAAACUAUGGAACUCAUUGCCACAAGAGGCAGUGAUGGUUGCCAACCUGGAUGCCUUUAAAAGGGGAACGGACGGAUUUAUGGAGGGGAGGGUGAUCAGUGGCUAGAUCAGGCAAGAUCCUGCUUGCAAGUUUCCCACAACGGGCAUCCGGCCGGCCUCUGCGAGAACAGAAUGUUGGAAAUAAUAAUAAUAAUAAUAAUAAUAAUAAUAAUAAUAAUAAUAAAUUUUAUUUAUACCCUGCCCUCCCCAGCUAAGACCUGGCUCAGGGCGGCUAACACCAAAUAUAAAAACAAUUGAUUGAAAUACAGCUUGAAAACAAGAUUAAAAUACAACAUUAAAAUGCAGCCUCAUUUCAGUAGAAACUCAAAUCAAAAACUUUUUGGGGAUGGAAACGUCAAAUCUUCACCAAGGCUAGCUAUCCAGACUGAUCCUACGUGGGCCAGAAAAAAGCCAGGGAAGUCCCCAGAUAGGAGUUCCAUCACAGAAGGAGAAAGGGAAAAAAAAGAAAGAAAGAAAGAAAGAGGGGAAGGGAAUCAAAUUGAUUCCAAGCCAAAGGCCAGGCGGAACAACUCUGUCUUGCAGGCCCUGCAGAAAGAAAUCAGAUCCCACAGGGCCCUGGUCUCAUGAGACAGAGUUUUCCACCAGGCCGGGGCCAGUGCUAAAAAGGCCCUGCCUCUGGUUGAGGCUAAGCUGACUUCCUUAGGGCCCGGGACCUCUAGGGUGUUGCUAUUUAUGGACCUUAAGGUCUUCUGUGGGGCAUACCUCCUUUGGCCUGAUCCGGCAAACCUGUUCCUAUGUUCUUAACCCCGAAGUGCGGGAACAGAGUAUUACAUCACACCAUACAAAAAGCAAACAAGCAAUAGUAAAUAAUAAAAUCGUUGUUGCUCUCGCUGCGAGAAGUGAAGUUACAGGCAGCCAGGCAGAGGGCCUUCUCGGUGGUGGCACCCUCCCUUCAGAAGUCAAAGAGAUAAAGAACUAUAUGAGUUUCAUAAGACAUCUGAAGGCAGCCCCUGUGCUGGGAAGUUCCUGUGUUCUUGUUCUGACUUUAGUGUGAGGUGCAGCUAAGGAAAUGUAAGUUGCACAAAAAAACACACAAACCCCAGACCCUCCAAGCGCCCCUAUUUUCCAGGGACAGUCCCAAAUUUACGGAAUCCGUCCCGGUUUCUGAUUUGAUCCAGGAAUGUCCCACUUAAGGCGUUCCUAUUUUCAUGGGAGAAAUGUUGGAGGGUGUGGAGUUAUGCGACUCCGCGAGCCAAGGAAAUAAGUAACUACGCAACCUUUAGAAGACAUCUGAAGGCAGCCCUGUGUGGGGAAGUGUUUUUGUUUAAUGCUCAAUGUUUUACAGUCAUACCUUGGGUUACAGACGCUUCAGGUUGUGCGAUUUCGGGUUGCGCACCGCACCGAACCCGGAAGUACCGGAAUGGGUUACUUCCGGGUUUUGGCACUUGUGCAUGUGCAGAAGCACUAAAUUGCACUUUGCACAUGUGCAGAAGCGCCGAAUCACGACCCAUGCGUGCGCACAUGCCGUGCUGUGGGUUGCGAGCAUGCUUCCCGCACGGAUCAUGUUUGCAACCCAAGCGUCCACUGUAUUAUGUUUUUAUAUGUGUUGCAAGCCACCCAGAGUGGCUGGGGAAACCCAGCCAGAUGGGCAGGGUAUAAAUAAAAUAAUAUUAUUAUUAUAAAUCGUAAGAGAAAGACACGGUGACGCGCCAAUGUCAAGCCAAGCCUCCCAUUUUCCUGGUGUGUAUCGUGGAUUUGGCGCAUCUUAAAUCCAAAGCAGAGGAAAUAUAAUUCCACCAGAUGACAUAAGAAGCAUCUGGAUCCUCCCCGGAAACAUGUAGUUUAUGCGUAAUUUCCCCCGCAGUCGCCAAAGACCGUAAGCUCUUACACCACACAGCCCAGUGCAGACUUUUUCCGGUUUCUCGUUGCUGGGCUGUUGAAAUCCUGGCUGCAUCUAACACCCACGCCGAAAGCUCUUUGUAGCGAGAAGGUUUCAUGUUGCCCUUCCACAUAUUCAGUAAUCUGGGGAAACCCAGGCAGGUGAUUUCUUUUGAGAUCCACCGUCUUAAGGAAGCCGUUCGUUCCUCCCUUUCCCUGGCCUGUCUGCAUUCUGCUUUUCAGAAGAGCAGGAGUUAACAUGCGCGUUCCUGGCACACCUCCACGGCGGCGUUUAAAAUUCAAUGUUUGCUUCUCGGCCGACCUCAAUGACAUAAAUUAACGGGGCGGUUCUUCGCUGUAAUGUGUGAGAGAGCGAACAGCCAGGUGUUUCCUGAUCCGAUUUUUCAGAGUUUUUGAACCACUGUGUUCUUCUCCUUACCUGUUCCUGAAAAAAGCAAGAGAGAGCUGUUGUCUUGGUGCCUCGCGAGGUGGGCUUCUCAGAGGCAUUUGGCUGUACAGUGGUACCUCGGGUUACAGAACUUUGCUUCAGGAUGAGAACAGAAAUCGCGCGGCAGCAGCGGGAGGCCCCAUUAGCUAAAGUGGUGCUUCAGGUUAAGAACAGUUUCAGGUUAAGAACGGACCUCCGGAACGAAUUAGGUUCUUAAUCCGAGGUACCACUGUAGUCUGAUCACACCGGAGUGACUGCCCUGUGAGGAAUGGUUGCAGCAUUUGGGACUUUUUAGUUUGGGGGGGGGAGGCAAGCAAGAGAGGGGAGGGGUUUUCUCCCAUAAAAUGCUAGAAAUUGUGGACAUCCAACAAAGUUGAAUGUUAGAAGAUUGACGGACUACUGCCAUGCGCUCUACGUGGGGCUACCUUUGAAGGUGACCCAGAAACUACAACUAAUCCAGAAUGCAGCAGCUAGACUGGAGACUGGGAGCUGCCGCCGAGACCACAUAACACCAAUCUUGAAAGACCUACAUUGGCUCCCAGGAUAUUUCCGGGCACAAUUCAAAGUGUUGGUGCUGACCUUUAAAACCCUAAACGGCCUCGGUCCAGUAUACCUGAAGGAGCGUCUCCACCCCCAUUGUUCUGCUGGACACUGAGGUCCAGCUCUGAGGGCCUUCUGGCGGUUCCCUCAUUGCAAGAAGCUAAGUUACAGGGAACCAGGCAGAGGGCCUUCUCCGAACUGGCACCCGCCCUGUGGAAUGCCCUCCCAUCAGAUGUCAAGGAAAUAAACAACUAUCGGACUUCUAGAAGACAUCUGAAGACAGCCCUGUAUAGGGAAGUUUUUAGUGACUGUUGUUUUAAUGUAUUUUUAAUAUUUUGUUGGAAGUCGCCCAGAGUGGCUGGGUAAACCCAGCCAGAUGGGGGGCGGGUAAUAAAUAAUAAAUUAUUAUUACUAUUAUUAUUAUUAUUGGCAGGCAAAAUAAAAUACAGUGGUACCUCGGGUUACAUACACUUCAGGUUACAGACUCCGCUAACUCAGAAAUAGUACCUCGGGUUAAGAACUUUGCUUCAGGAUGAGAACAGAAAUUGCACGGCGGCAGCAUGAGGCCCCAUUAGCUAAAGUGGUGCUUCAGGUUAAGAACAGUUUCAGGUUAAGAACAGACCUCCGGAACGAAUUAAGUACUUAACCCGAGGUACCACUGUACUUCUUCGUGCAGCACAAGGUUAAACUUUGGAACUCCCUGCCUCAGGAAGCAAGGACAGCUACCAACCUAGAUAGUUUUAAAACAGGACUGGGCAAAUUCUGGAGGAAGUUAAGGCUAUCAAUCGCUACUCCUCAUGACAGCUGUGGGCUGUCUCCACGGUCAGAGGCAGAAGUCUGUUGGCAUUGGGUCCUGUUUGCAGGUUUCCCCAGAGACACAUCUGGUUGGCCACGCUGAGAAUAGGAUGCUGGACUGGACGGGCCGCUGGCCUGAUCCUGCGGGCUUUUCUCAUGUCCUCGUGUUCACAGGGAUGCUCUUAAAUUCUCUCGCCAAGGCCUGAGCCACACUGCGGCCCACUGCGGUCAGGAAACACAUAUUUAAAUUUUCCUUCCUGCCCGUGCGUCACAGGGAAAGGUGCUCCCCUCGUCUUCAGCCUGUGAGAGUUUCCUGUGCACAAAAAGGAUUCUCGUUUGGACAGACAUGCCCCCCAGCAAAAUCAGGCCAGCGUUUUGAAACGCUGUAGCUCCAAGACAGGGCUGUGUGCCCUACACUUCGCUGCUGCAUAGAGAUUGGCUUUAAGUUGUUGCUCUGCCCACUGAGCGCAACUGCCCUUCCCUGAGCAACGCUGAAUGCUGGAAAAAUUAUGAUAUAAUAUAAUAUAAUAAUAUAAUAUACAGUCAUACCUCGUGUUGUGUUCACUUUAGGUUGCAUUUUUUCGGGUUGCAGACUGCCAAAACCCGGAAGUACAGGAACAGGUUACUUCCGUGUUUUGGCGGUCGCGCAUGCGCAGAAGUGCUAAAUCGCGCUUUGCGCAUGUGCAGACACAGGUUGCGAACGCUGCGGGUUGUGAACGUCCACUGUAUAAUAUAGUGAUACCUCGGGUUACAGACGCUUCAGGUUACUGCCUCCGCUAACCCAGAAAUAGUACCUCAGGUUAAGAACUUUGCUUCAGGAUGAGAACAGAAAUCGUGCUCCAGCGGCAGUGAGAGGCCGCAUUUGCUAAAGUGGUGCUUCAGGUUAAGAACAGUUUCAGGUUAAGAAUGGACCUCCGGAACGAAUUAAGACGUACUCGGGUCCAGGGGGUCACGAAGAGGCAGACACGACUAAACGACAAUGUAGUGGUUCUAGGGGUUGCUCGUGCGUAAGCCGGUGCAAACACCUGGCUGGGUUGCCUGAGUGAACCUUUUCUGUCCAGACAGCCACUCACCUGUGGCUGACUCAAUCGCUGGCAGAAUCCGUCAGUGGGCGUUUCUUAAACUUCUUCCAGCAAAGAAGCUCUUUGACACCUAGUCACCUCCUACUCUCUCUGCGCGGAAGCCUUCUGCGCAAGGAGGGCGUAGGCAGCGGAGGACCCCUACUCUCCCCGCUGGUCCCCGGCAAGGAGUCAUGGGACCGCCUCGCCGCUUCCCCCAUCUGCCCCCCUUCUCCACUGGUGCUACGCUGAUUCUCUUCCCCAGAAGAUGGGCUGCUUCUCCCAAUCCCGGGACGCUCUCCGGAAUCCCUCUGGAUCUUGCUCUCUCCCUCCGGCACUGAUGACAGUUCCCUGACAGACAACAAUAAUAUUUAAUGCUGUAUUGUUUUUAACACUUGAUUGGGAGCCGCCCAGAGUGGCUGGGGAAACCUAGCCAGGCGGGCAGGGUAUAAAUAAUAAAUUAUUAUUAUUAUAACAAAAUAGAUGGCUUUAAAGGAGGAUUGGGCAAAUUCAUGGGGCAAAUUCAUCUGGGAUAAGAGGAUGCUGAACUAGACGGGUCCUUGUCUUCCUCCAGAAGGUCUUCUUUGAGCCCUGGAAUUGCCAUCAGGCGUUGACUCCGCAGCCCCGCCAGGGUGGAAGCAACUGCUGGAGGCGAGCCCAUUUGCCAUCGCCUGUCGAGCCUCUUCCUCCAGCCUCUGCUUCGCUUUACUGCUGGAAUUUCUGGAAUUCUCUGGCCUCUCCUGGGACCACUGAAAGAGGAGAGGAAAGCCGACUGGGGUCUGUCUGGCUGCGGAGACGGUUUCUUGCGUGCCUCUAAAUUAAGACUCGCCCGAUCGCCCCUCUCUCAUUGUCCGCGCAUCGUCUCCCUGAAUUCCCAAUGGCUCUUUGGCCCGUUUGCAAGCGACACGGAGCUACUCCUCUUACGAGGAACGGUUGCCGCGUUAGGGACCUCUUGUUGUUGUUGUUGCUUAGUCGUUUAGUGGUGUCCACCUCUUCGUGACCCCCUGGACCAGAGCACGCCAGGCCCUCCUGUCUUCCACUGCCUCCCGCAGUUUGGUCAGACUCAUGCUGGUAGCUUCGAGAACACUGUCCCACCAUCUCAUCCUCUGUCGUCCCCUUCUCCUUGUGCCCUCCAUCUUUCCCAACAUCAGGGUCUUUUCCAGGGAGUCUUCUCUUCUCCUGAGGUGGCCAAAGUCUUGGAGCCUCAGCUUCAGGAUCUGUCCUUCCAGUGAGCACUCAGGGCUGAUUUCCUUCAGAAUGGAGAGGUUUGGUCUUCUUGCAGUCCAUGGGACUCUCAAGUCUCCUCCAGCACCAGAAUUCAAAAGCAUCCAUUCUUCAGCGAUCAGCCUUCUUUAUGGUCCAGCUCUCACUUCCAUACAUCACGACUGGGGAAACCAUAGCUUUAACUAUACGGACCUUUGUUGGCAAGGUGAUGUCUCUGCUUUUUAAGAUGCUGUCUAGGUUUGUCAUUGCUUUUCUCAGGGACCUCUUAGUUUAGAGGAAAAGCGAGUAACUGGUGGAACGAGUAAUAUUUAUAAAAACGAUGCGCAGCAUGGAGAAAGUGAGCAGAGGAAAAUUUUCUCCUCCUCUCUCAUAGCGCUAGAACUGGUGGGUGUCCGAUGAAGGUGAAGGCUGGAAGAUUUGGGACUGAUGAAAGGAAGUCCUUUUUCACAAAACACAUACAGUGGUGCCUUGGUUCUCAAACUUAAUCCGUUCCGGAAGUCCGUUCCAAAACCAAAGUUUUCAAAAACCGAGGCCUGUAGAAAAUAAUGCAAAAGGGAUUAAUCUGUUCCAGACUUUUAAAAACAACCCCUAAAACAGCAAUUGAACAUGAAUUUUACUAUCUAACAAGACCAUGGAUCCAUAAAAUGAAAGCAAUAAUACAAUGUACUGUACUAUAAAAUAAAUAAGACAGUAUUGUAGAGGCGAUAAAAAUUGCUUGGAUGGGGGGCUUUUAUCCAUUUCCACAGUCACACAAUCAAUUAAUCUGUAGCUGAACUAGGUUCUACACAGUCACAAAAACGAAUUAACCCAAAAAGCCUCAAAAACAAAAACACAAAAUAAAUAGCAAAAACAAAAGCGCCAAACUUAAUCCGUUCCAGAAGUCUGUUCGAAGUGUUGGAAAACCAAGGCGCAGCUUCUGAUUGGUGCAGCCGACAGCCGCAUCAGAUGUUCAGCUUCCGAAAAACAUUUAAAAACCGGAACACUUACUUCCUGGUUUACAGAAGUUUGAGGACCAAAGCUUUUGAGAACCAAGGUGUUUGAGAACCAAGGUACCACUGUAGUUGAACUAUGGAACUCACUGCCACAAGAGGCCAUGGUGACCUCCAACUUGGAUAGCUGUAAAAGAGGAUUGGGCAAAUCCACAGAGGAAGAGAGGGCCGUCGAUGCUCCUGGGACGUCUCCUGCAGUGUUGCUCACUUCCUCAGAAAGCCGCCUGAACAGCUGAACAGCUCGGGACCAGAAAGGGUUACUUCCAGGUUUCGCCACUCGCGCAUGCGCAGAAGCACAAAAUGACGUCAUGCGCAUGCACAGAAGCCCCGAAUUGCAACCCGCACGUGCACAAACACGCCGCUGUGGGGUGCGCCCUUUUCGUGUUGCAAACGGGCCUCCAGAACGGAUCCCAUUCGCAACCAGAGGUGACACUGUACUAUCAUCAUCAUCACCUUUCUCUUCUGGGCGGCUGGUCCAAGAGAUGCUUCUUCCAGCAUCCUCUCCCAGGCCUCUUGGCAGUUGGGGACAAACAGAGAGCGGCUGCAGCGUUUAAACAUUGGCUGUUUCCGUCCCUGCAGAGAUGGGACGACAUGAGGGUCCCUUAUGGGAAAGGACAGAGUCUUUGUGCUGAGGUCACAUUAUUUCUUCUUCUUCUUCUUCUUCUUCUUCUAUCCCUCGUAGCCGGGUAAGAUUGUCUUCCAUAAACACAGUUUUAACAGUGAGUCCGUAAGUGACUGUGGAGGCCGAUUUUGGACCCACACGUCCUUCCACAGUGGGGACAUCGGUUUCCAGGCAGGAGUAGAUCACGGUGUGGAUUUGCCAAGCGUGCCUUCCUCUUAGCACGUUUCUCCCUUGCGUCCUGAGUUCGAGUGUCUUCAAAGCCCAGGACACCUUUGGUCAAGGCUGUUCUCCAACUGGAGCGCUUGCAGGCCAGUGUUUCCCAAUUGUUGGUGUUUAUGCUACAUUUUUUUAGAUUUGCCUGGAGACAGUCUUUAAGCCUCUUUUGUUGACCACCAGCAUUACGCUUUCCAUUUUUAAGUUUGGAAUAGAGUAGUUGCUUUGGAAGACGAUCAUCAGGCAUCCGCACAACAUGACCAGUCCAACGAAGUUGAUGUUGAAGAAUCAUUGCUUCAACACAGGUGAUCUUUGCUUCUUCCAGUACACUGGUAUUAGUACGCCUGUCUUCCCAAGUGAUGUGUAAAAUUUUUCGGAGACACCGUUGAUGGAAUAAUAAUAAUAAUUAUUAUUAUUAUUAUUAUUAUUAUUUAUUAUUUAUACCCUGCCCAUCUGGCUGUGUUUCCCCAGCCACUCUGGGCAGCUUCCAACAAAAUAUUAAAAUACAGUGGUCUGUUAAACAUUAAAAGCUCCCUUUCGAGGAGUUGGAGAUGGCUUUUGGGAGUUGUAGUUCCAAGCACCUGCUUAGCAAAGGCUAAGCCAUGCUGCCCUGGUGGUGUGUUUGCGAUAGUCACGAGGUAUCCCUGCCGCUGAUUCCUUCUUUUCUCCAUCCUCCCUUCCCUCAGGACUACCUGGGCUGCAUCAUCGACUGUGGACAGCUGCCGCUCAAACCAGAGCAAGUCAGUGCCUUGUUUUGCAACAUUGAAGACAUCUAUGAGUUCAACAGGUGAGUCAGCAGGGAUUCCUGGCACCUGGUGAAGGGAGGGAGGGUUCGGCGUCAGCAGAAUAAGCUUUCCAAAUGACAGGGAAUUGCCCCACCACCACCUGCCCCACGACUUGAAGAUCAACAUCUUCCUAUGUUCCUGUGACCCAUUCUUACUACCACAGACCUUGCGAUGUAUACAAUUAUGUGGGGACCAUUGUUGAACUUAGGUUUCAACGGAUGCCCUCGGCAUGUUUAGAAGGGAAAUAGCUCUUGCAAAAGCUCAUAUGCAUUUAUGGAGUAUGGAAAUGAAUUUAUUUAUAUAAUCAGAUUGAAGACAUUAUGCCUUGUUUGUUGAUCUGCCCUUUAUAGACAGUGCCCAGAGAAUUUUUUAUUAUUACAGUGGUACCUCGGGUUACAUACGCUUCAGGUUACAAACUCCGCUAACCCAGAAAUAGUACCUCGGAUUAAGAACUUUGCUUCAGGAUGAGAACAGAAAUCGUGCUCUGGCGGCGCGGCAGCAGCAGCAGGAGGCCCCAUUACCUAAAGUGGUGCUUCAGGUUAAGAACAGUUUCAGGUUAAGAACGGACCUCCGGAAAGAAUUAAGUACUUAACCCGAGGUACCACUGUAUUUCCUGUUCUUUAUUGGUUCUCAGAUCGAUUCCCCCAGUAAGCGAUAGCCCUGCCAGGUAGUCCAGAUACAGUGGUUCCUUGGUUCUCAAACUCUUGGCCAAUAAAGAGCUACAAAUUGGACACCUGGUAGCCAGAUUUGCUCUGGCAGCUAAGGGGCUUCACCUCAGUUCUGCUGAUGCAUUGCAAUAUUAAACUUUUAUGCUGUAGACUUUUAUAGACUUGUUGUUGUUGUUUAGUCGUUUAGUCGUGUCCGCCUCUUCGUGACCCCCUGGACCAGAGCACGCCAGGCCUCUUGAACUAUACGGACCUUUGUUGGCAAGUUGAUGUCUCUGCUUUUUAAGACGCUGUCUAGGUUUGUAGGUUUAUAGACUUACCGUAUUUUUUUGCUCUGUAAGACUCACUUUUUCCCUUCUAAAAAGUAAGGGGAAAUGUGUGUGCGUCUUAUGGAGUGAAUGCAGGCUGCACAUCUAUCCCAGAAGCCAGAACAGCAAGAGGGAUUGCUGCUUUCACUGCGCAGCGAUCCCUCUUGCUGUUCUGGCUUCUGAGAUUCAGAAUUUUUUUUCUUUCUUGUUUUCCUCCUCCAAAAACUAGGUGCGUCUUGUGGUCUGGUGCGUCUUAUAGAACGAAAAGUACGGUAUGUUGUGUGAUUUUAGAGGAAUGCCUUGCUUUUUGCCCUCUGUUGUUCAUUGUGAAGGCCUUUGGCUAUGAGCGAUAAAACGAAUUGGGCUUCCUGGGUGGUACCAGUAACCAGCGGGUGGAUUUAUAAUGGCAUUUAUGUCACACAGGUUUCUCCCCGUCGUUUACAUGUGACUAAUCUUACCAAUUAACUGAGCAAAAGUUGCAGACCCAAGUAAUCUGCGUGACCUGUAGAGUAUAGGAAUAUGAUCUUGCGUGUGAUCCUGAAAGAGGAAUCUGUAUUUAUUGUUAUGUAAACCCCCCCACACAACAGCCCUGUGAUGUUGGACAGGCUGAGAGCCAAUGACUGGCGCAAGGUCACCCAGUGAGUUUUCACGACUGAGUUGGGAAAUGAGGCCUGGUCUCUCCCAGGUCGUAGUCUGGACUUUCCAAACACCUCAUCGCUCCUUAUUUUCCUCUCACCAACAUUUUAGUGUAACUUGGUUCUGCUCAGAACUGGAAUUGUGCACCCUUAGCUCACUCAUUUCAGGAUCUGACUUGUGUGUGAUGAGCCCGCUAACCUGUUCCGGAUUUGAAAGGGCCCAGUAGUAAACAUGCGCUAUCUGGGAGUCAUUUUGGACGCCCAGCUGUCCAUGGAGGCGCAGGUCCAUUCUGUGUCCAGGGUAGCUGUCACCCAGCUCCAUCUGGUACGCAGGAUGAGACCCUCUCUGCCCGCAGACUGUCUCACCAGAGUGGUGCAUGCUCUGGUUAUCUCUCUUGGACUAUUGCAAUGUGCUCUAUGUGGGGCUACCUUUGAAGGUGACCCGGAAACUACAACUAAUCCAGAACGCGGCAGCCAGACUGGGGACUGGGAGCGGCCGCCGAGACCACAUAACACUGGUCCUGAAAGUCCUACAUUGGCCCCCAGUACUUUUCCGAGCACAAUUCAAGGUGUUGGGUCUGACCUCUAGAGCCAUAAACGGCCUCGGUCCAGUAUAUCUGAAGGAGCGUCUCCACCCCCAUCGUUCAGCCUGGACACCGGGGUCCACUUCCUAGGGCCUUCUGGCGGUUCCCUUCCUGCGAGAAGCGAGAUUACAGGGAAUCAGGCCCAGGGCCUUCUCAGUGGUGGCACCCGCCCUGUGGAGCGCCCUGCCAUCAGAUGUCAAGGAGAUAAAGAACUAUACAGCUUUUAGAAGACAUCUGAAGGCAGCCCUGUUUAGGGAAGUUUUUAUUGUUUGAUGAUGAUGAUGAUGAUGAUAUAAUAAUAAUAAUAAUAAUAAUAAUAAUAAUAAUAAUAAUAAAUUUAUACCCCGCCCAUCUGGCUAGGCUUCCCCAGCCACUCUGGGUGGCUUUCAACAAAAUAUUAAAAUACAGUAAUUCAUCAAACGUUAAAAGCAUCCCUAAACAUGAUGUUUUAUUGUGAUUUUAAUGUUCCGUUGGGAGCCGCCCAGAGUGGCUGGGAAACCCAGCCAGAUUUGGGGGGUGGGGGUUAGAAAUAAUACAUUAUUAUGAUUAUUAUUAGCACCUCAUAGAACACAAGGCAAUAAGGUGACAGCGAUGAACUCAUGCCAGCGUUACAAACCGGUAGCAUCUCUCUAGUGGACAUUUAGCCACGCAGUUCUCUUUCCCCAGAUCUAAGCAAGCCAGGAUCUGUGUCUCUCUGUGUGUGUUUGCAGCAAUUAACAUGGUCCAGAAGGACGGGAGGUUUUCUCAAGGCGGAAAUGCUUUUAGCCUUGGAAUUUGCUGAGAAGGUAAUUUGAGCCGGGCUUGUGGGUGCCAGAGAGCGGUUUGGAAGGAGGGGCGAAUGUGUGUUUUGGAGGGGAUGGGGAAGAUGGAGGUCAGAAAAAGACGGGAGCGUGUGAGUUUAUGGAGAAGCGUUGUCCUGGAAGGAAGGAUACAGGCGCUCGAUCUUCCCUUUUCAAAAGAGGCGUCCCAAAGUUCUUCCACUCCAUGGAUCUGCCAAAUCCCAGCCUUUAGGAGCGGCAGGGAAGUUAAAUACUGAGCUUCUGAUUGUGAUUUUCAUCCCCAGUGAAUUAGUGGUGUGCCUUCUCUGGUCUGUCUCCAACUGCCCCAGUUUACUCAUUCUUUGCUCUUAGAGAGGGUUUAAUUUAGGCCAGCUCCACAACCUGUUGUGAGCGCAAAGGAUCUGGGACGUGUGAAGUGUGCCUCUGGGCAUGCACAAAGCGUGUUUCCGUUGCAACUGGGCCACCUCCACCCCUUGGAUUUGGAUCAGUCCCAGAACCUGUCGCAUGCGCCAACACUUGGAACUGGAGCAAGUAAAGAGCGCCUCUGCGCAUGCACAAAGUGUGUUUCUUUCAGGACCAAGUAACUGCUACCAGCUCCCACACAUAUAGAGGCUUUAUCCUUCCAGGUGGGGGAAGAUGGAAAAGCUAGAAUCUGAGACUUCUUAGUUUAGUCCAGAAGCAUCUGUCAGUGCCGCAAACCCAUAACUCCUUUUAUGUCUCCCUUUCACCAGUCCUUUGGCUGAUUAACAUUUGAUGUCCUUUUAAACAUGUUUGUGGUUGAGGGGUUAUUGGUUUUGUUCCUGUUCUUCAUCUUGUUUUUAUUACGUAUUUUAUGUUCUCAUUUGAUGAUUCUAUGUUGCGAACCGCCCUGUGAUCUUGGGACGAAGGGUGGUAUAUUAUUAUUAUUAUUAUUAUUAUUAUUAUUAUUAUUAUUAUACUGGCUUGUCUGCCUACAUACCCCUCUGAGGGAAUAAAAGGAACAAGCUCUUCCAGCUUGCAGAAACUUCCCCCUUGGUCCCCUGUGAGCAGUUUCUGCUCUCCCUAGGAGAUUGUCGGCUUGCCACCUUGAAUUUGCAGCCAGCCUUGACUCAGUUUUCCUGUGCCUAAAAAUGGACGCGUCGCCUUCCUUCUGUUCCCGGAGGAUAUUUGCAAUGCCCUGAUUCCCCCAUAUUGAAAAAAAACCAUAUUCCCCAUCAGGAAAGGAAGGUCUCUGUAAACCCCAGCCGACGAUGGAAGUUGAAGACACGGAAACAUUGUUCCCUAACAGGGGCUGCUGGCCGGCAGCCGAGUUUUCCCCCUUUCCCCCCUUUCUCACACCAUUUCCUUUCCUCUUUCCCCUUCUCUCGCUCCAUCUCCUGCUGCUUUUAUGGCUUCCCCCAAAAGCUGGUCGCCUGCCAACCUCUCCGUCAACCAACCUGCUUUCCCAUCUGGCUGUGUUUAAGAGCUUAAGCGGAGCCCAGUGGGGGGUACGGAUGGAAGAUGUGGGGGAAAUUGGAAGCUCGCAUCACGCGGCCCCUGUUAACCCUUUAGAGGAAGGAGCGUCUUCACCCCACCCCAGCCGGUUGCGCCAAGGGCGAUCGUGCUGUGACCUUGCCGCUGCCGUGAAAAAAAGGAUCGAUAAUUUCACGUUCACGAAGCCCCCGCCUGUAUGCGGACAAAAUGCUUCGCCCAGGGGAGGGCAGCGGUGGUCUAAAAGGACAGCCCUGCAAGGUAGUCCAGUACAGUGGUCCCUUGGCUCUCAAACGCCUUGGUUCUCAAACACCUUGGUUCUCAAACAACACUGCAAACUCGGAAGUAAGUGUUCUGGUUUGCGAACUUUUUCUGGAAGCCAAACAUGCUCCAAUUUGAGUGCCACGCUUCCGAUUUGAGUGUUAAGCUGAGGUCAGUUUUAUUUUUGCUAUUUAUUUUGCAUUUUUGUGGCUCUUUUUAAAAUAUAUAUAUAUAUAGGUAAAGGAAAAGGGACCCCUGACCAUUAGGUCCAGUCGUGGCCGACUCUGGGGUUGCAGCGCUCAUCUCGCUUUACUGGCCGAGGGAGCCAGCGUACAGCUUCCGGGUCAUGUGGCCAGCAUGACUAAGCCGCUUCUGGCGAACCAGAGCAGUGCAUGGAAAUGCCGUUUACCUUCCCGCUGAAGCUGUACCUCUUUAUCUACUUGCACUUUGACGUGCUUUCGAACUGCUAGGUUGGCAGGAGCAGGGACCGAGCAACGGGAGCUCACCCCGUUGCGGGGAUUGGAACCCCCGACCUUCUGAUCGGCAAGCCCUAGGCUCUGUGGUUUAACCCACAAUGCCACCCGCGUCCCUUCAUAUAUAUAUACAUCUUUAUUAAUUUAAAAUAAAUACAUUUAUGAAAAACAGACGUAUAUACAAGUAAAGAAACAUACAAUCAAACAAAUAACAGAAAAAUCAAACAAACCACCACACUAUAAAAUAUUAUAAUUAUCAUCAUAUAUACUGGUAUUGUGGGACGCGGGUGGCGCUGUGGGUUAAACCACAGAGCCUAGGGCUUGCCGAUCAGAAGGUUGGCGGUUCGAAUCCCCGUGACGGGGUGAGCUCCCGUUAUUAUUUGUAAGUGAUAAAAUGAGAAGUUAUUUUAAGUGUGAUAAAAAAAAGAUGGGUAGAAACUAUGAUAUAUGUAAACUGCUAAAGAUGAAGUAAAAUGAAAAUCAGAUAGGUGGGACUUGGGGAAUCCCACUUAACAAUGUUUAGAAAAAUAAGGAUAUGACAAGAAUUUGUUUGUAUUGUUUGCUUUUCUGUUUGUGUUCUUUAUUUGUGUUAUAAAAUGAGUAAAAAAAAUUGAAAAGAAAAAAAGAGAGUUUGAGAGCCAAGGUACCACUGUAUUGCCACAGCCCAGUAUUGUUCGACGGGCAGGGCAGACAGCGUCGUGAGAAGCCUUAUUUAUGCUUAUUUAUGUUUUCUCUGUCUUUGAGCAGUGAACUACUGGAAGACAUGGAGCGAAACACCAACGCUGAGGCUGUCGCAGAGUGCUUUGUUCAAAGGGUAAGGGUCUCGCUGCUUUCUGCUCACAACUUCUUCACUCUGCGAUUCCUUUGGAACGAGCUGACCUCUUAACGGCGUCCCGGCUGCGCUUAGCUGUGUUCGCAAAAGCGUCCAGAAGCUUCAACCGGCCCAGAAUGCCAUAGCGAGACCAAGCGUUCCAAAAGGACUGGAACAAACAUAUAUUAUAUUUGAAAGGCAACUGUAAGCAAUUUAACAUCAUUAGCACGGCUCUUUGAAGAUCUGUAAGAUGAAAUUGCUACCUGUUGAGUAAUAGAAUAUUUUAGGUAAUGGUAUAACAAGGAUAGGAAACGAAGCGAAAUGUGAAGAUGUAAAGUUUAAUUUUGUAAACCGUCAGACUGGAGGCAUGGAAGCCGUUAGGCUCAGUCGAGCCAAAGAGAUAAAAUAAGAGGGUACGAUGUUACGUAAUGUGAUUAUACGUAAAACCAAUAAAAAACAUUUCUAUAAAAACCCACAGAAUGUCGUAGAAUCGUAGAAUUGUGGCGCUAGGAAGGACACCCAAAGGUCAUCUGGAUCAACCCCCCCUUGCAACACUCCCUCAUUGCGAGACGUGAGGUUACAGGGAACCAGACAGGGCCUUCUGGGUAGUGGCACCCGCCCUGUGGAACACCCUCCCAUCAGGAAAUAAGCAGCUAUCCUGUCUUUAAAAGACAUCUGAAGGCAGCCCUGUUUACGGAAGUUUUUAAUAUUUAAUGCUGUACUGUUUUUAAAAUUUGAUUGGGAGCCGCCCAGAGUGGCUGGGAAAGCUCAGCCAGAUGGGCGGGGUAUAAAAAAUAAAUUAUUAUUAUUAUUAUUAUUAUUAUUAUUAUUAUUGCCGAGGUUGUAAAUCCUAGCCAGGUUCUUAAUUAGGACUAACUAUGGAGAGUAACUGGGAUGCGGGUGGCGCUGUGGGUUAAACCACAGAGCCUAGGACUUGCCGAUCAGAAGGUCAGCGGUUCGAAUCCCCGUGACAAGGUGAGCUCCCGUUGCUCGGUCCCUGCUCCUGCCCACCUAGCAGUCCCAAAGCACGUCAAAGUCCAAGUAGAUAAAUAGGUACCGCUCCGGCGGGAAGGUAAACGGCGUUUCCAUGCGCUGCUCUGGUUUGCCAGAAGCGGCUUAGUCCUGCUGGCCACAUGACCCGGAAGCUGUACGCCGGCUCCUUUGGCCAGUAAAGCGAGAUGAGCGCCGCAACCCCAGAGUUGUCCACGACUGGACCUAAUGGUCAGGGGUCCCUUUACCCUUUACCUUUAUGGAGAGUAAUGGUUCCCCAAUAUUUCAAGAUCCAGUUAGUUCCUGCAGACUAGUGCUGGUUUUAACCCAUAAGACCCUUAAAUGCAACCUGGCCAGAUGGGCAGGGUAUAAAUGAUAAAAUUCUAAUUAUUAAUUAAUAUUAUUAAAUGCUCCAGAGCCAGGAUAACUGAAGGACCAACUUCUGGCGAGGGCUGCUAACUUAAGACUGCUCCAUAUGAUUGCUUUAUUGAGCACGGAUCCUGAUUUGCUUGCACGGAGCUUACGCAGAGGGACAAUGCCUACUCUUUACUGAGCCUUUGUUCUCUUUUUUUCCCCAAGCAGCUGUACGUCUUCCCAUCAGCCGAUCAUUAUUCUAUACCCUUUAGUUCAAUUCCCUGUCACUUUCCUAACAGCAAAAAUUCUGCUGUUGUUUUUGAAGUGGAUUUAAUGCCUGCGAGCACUUUAAUCCACUGCGGACUGCCUUGCCAGAGUGGUGCAUGCUCUGGUUAUCUCCUGCUUGGACUACUGCAAUGCACUCUAUGUGGGGCUCCCUUUGAAGGUGACCCGGAAACUACAACUAAUCCAGAAUGCGGCAGCUAGACUGGGGACUGGGAGCGGCCGCGAGACCACAUAACACUGCACUUGAAAGACCUACAUUGGCUCCCAGUACGUUUCCGAGCACAAUUCAAAGUGUUGGUGCUGACCUUGAAAGCCCUAAACGGCCUCGGUCCUGUAUACCUGAAUACCUGUAUACCCCCAUCAUUCUGUCCUAGACGGCCUCAAAGGCCCAGUAUGCCUGAAGGAGCGUCUCCACCCCCAUCGUUCUGCCCGGACACUGAGGUCCCGUGCCAAGGGCCUUCUGGCGGUUCCCUCCCUGCAAGAAGCCAAGUUACAGGGAACCAGGCAGAGGGCCUUCUUGGUGGUGGUGCCCACCCUGUGGAAUGCCCUCCCAUCAGAUGUCAAAGAGAAAAAUAACUACCAAACUUUUAGAAGACAUCUGAAGGCAGCCCUGUUUAGGGAAGCUUUUAAUGUUUGAUGUAUUACAGUAUUUUAAUAUUUUUUUGGAAGCUGCCCAGAGUGGCUGGGGAAGCCCAACCAGAUGGGCUGGGUAUAAAUAAUAAAUUAUUAUUAUUAUUAUUAUUAUUAUUAUUUGCACGGACCUAAAUUUCUAGCAUGCGAUUCAGCCCCUCUCACGAAAUAGCGAGAGUCUGGAGGUAAUGUUAAAUCAAACAGGGAUUAGACAAAAUGGAGGAGAAGGGGGGAGUCAAAGUGAGGGCUGUCAAGUAAAAAAAAACCUUUCUGGGGAGUCAACAAAUUCACGGCGGUCAAGUCUAUAAAUGGUUGCUAGCCAUGAAGUAACUUUAUUGAGAUCAAUCUGCUUUCUCUGCUUCUUUAUAUAUAGAAAUAUAUUGAUUGCACUGUUCUUCCUCUUGAUUUUUUUAAAUUAUUAGUAUUGAUGGUCCAGCUGGUUUUGACUUCGGCUGGCAUUUGACAGUGUCGCAAUUGGAUUUGUAAACUAUUUUCUGGGCUUUGUAGUGGGGAGGUGGUGGGGGGGACUUUUUAAAGUAAAUAAAGAGUAGUGUUUUCCAGCCGAGAACUGAGCAUUCCAGUCCAGGACAGUCAGAAAAUUGCAUCUCAUAUCCUCUGUGGUCUCACACCGUUAUAAAUGGCUGUUUGGUUUGGCCUUCGCUCUUUACCGUAUUUUUCGCUCUAUAGGACGCACUGGACCACGAGACGCACCUAGUUUUUAGAGGGGGAAAUCAAGAAAAAAAUAUUAUUUCCCCCUCCCCCCAGCCCCAAAGAGCAAAGAAGCCAAGACAGCAAGCACGAUCCAUCCCGCUCGCUGCCUUGGCUUCUUUAGCCACGCUUCUUUAGCCGCGCUGGAGAGGUUUAGCUCCCGGCUGGAGAGGUUGCGCGGCUAUGGCAGAAGCCAAGACAGCCAGCGGGACGGAUCCUGCUCCCUGUCUUGGGUUCUUUAGCCUUGCGCAGCCUCCCCCGGCUGGAGAGGCUGCGCGCGGCUAUGGCAAUUCCCCCACCUCCCGCAAAAGCCCACAGGAGCCGCGCACCCUUUAAGGAGCGAGCGCCUCCUGCGGGCUUUUCUACGAGGAGGGAGAAGGGACUGACGCGGCCAGUCAGUCCCUUCUCCCUCCUGGGGAAAAGCCCGCAAGAGCCGCACGAAGCUUGUGUGCGGCUCUUGGGGGCUUUUCCCGCCUGCCUCCCCCCUGCAUUCGCUCCAUAGGACGCACAGACUUUUCUCCUUAGUUUUUAAGAGGCUAAAAGUGCGUCCUAUGGAGCGAAAAAUACAGUAAUUCAAGAGCAUAGGAGCUGGCUUGUUGAAGCAGUCGGAAGAGAACUUUCUCCCCUGCCCUCAGCCUUCUCCCGAAGCUAAGAUUUUGUUCAGGAAAAGGUUGCAGAGUGCAUUGGAAAGAGGCAGAGAGUCCCUAAAGCCCAGUGUUAAGUAAGGUUAUAGCGCCUCCUACUGGCUGUUGAAAACUAACAAGCCUUAUGCACCUCAGUGCACACUAAUGUGGUUCAAUUAACUCUUGCAGAGUGAAGAGUUUGAUAUCUACACCUUGUACUGCAUGAACUACCCCAAGUAAGUAAGCCUCUCUUUCUUGGCACAUGUCUGGGCCUCGUAGCUCAUUUCUGCUAAAAUCCCCUGGUGGCCCCCAAACCUAUUAUUCUCAACCCCGACUUCGAGGAAAAUCUUUCCCAGAUCACUCUCGCUAUGCUGAAUUUUUUGCUUCUCAUUCAUCUUAUAUUCUCCCGCCAGUUUCCAUUCCUUAUUGACCAGCUUUUUUUCAUUAGUAUAGACCAUAUCUACGGGACCGCCUCUCCUGGUCUGCCCCGCAGAGGACCUUAAGGUCCAUGAAUAACCACAGUUUAGAGGUCCUGGGCCCUAAGGAAGUCAGACUAUCCUCCACCAGGGCCAGGGCCUUCUCAGUGGUGGCUCCCACCUGGUGGAAUGCUCUGUCGCAUGAGACUAGGGCCCUUCAGGAUUUAACCUCCUUCCGUCGGGCCUGUAAGACAGAGCUAUUCCACCUGGCCUUUAAUUUGAAUUCAGCCUGAUCUUUUAUUUCCCUUCUCUUCCCUCCCCUUUUAUGAAGAUCACCCGCUCUGGGAUCCCACAGCUAAUUCUCCCCUGGCCUCCUCACUGGCCCAAGUAGGACCCAUUCAGCUAGCUAGCCCUGGGGAUUAUCUAAUGCUUAUUUCCCCAAAUUGAUUUCUGAAUUUUAUUGUUAUUCAUGUUUUUCGACUGUAUUUUAUGCUGCUUUUAUAAUUGUUUUAAAUUUGUUGUUAGCUGCCCUGAGCCCGGUUUUUGAACUGGGAAGGGCAGGGUGUAAAUAAAAAAUUAUUAUUAUUAUUAUAAGCUCAAUAGGCAGGGACACGUGAAUUUCUCCUAUUCUCACAAAUAUCACCUUCCAACCUGCUCACGCUCAAUGCACGCUCUGCGCCUUUGAAAUGUCCAGGAGCAGUUUUUUCUUCCCUGCUGAGGACUAGAAACUUCGGCGAAAGCUGUUGAAAGUCAAGAUGACUUCCGCUCAGCAAAAUCCUAGAUCGGCCCAAGGAAACAGCUUUCCUUUGACGCCCUCUUCCCUUUCCGCCAACUUCUCCCCUUCCUUCCCACCCCCUCAAAGUUGUUUGUUAUUAUUAUUAUUAUUAAAAGAAAACAAUCACACGCCCCAUCUCUCGCCCUCCCAUAGCUCGGUCUCGGUGUUGCGGGAAUGUAUGGAGAACGACUCCCUGGCCAAGUUCUUCCGCGAGAGGCAAGCCACUCUGUCGCAUUCGCUGCCCCUGGAGACGUACCUCUUGAAGCCCGUCCAACGGAUCCUGAAAUACCAUUUGCUGCUGCAGGUCAGGAUUGGGCCCUGGCGGGCUUAUCGAGGGUCUGGGCAGACUGGGGAAAUGCGAGGAGGAGGAGGAGGAAGGCUGCGGAGGUUUGGAAGUGGCUCUUUAGAGCCACGUUCCCACCAGACAUUUAAAGCACUAGGGUGCCAUGGCUGCACCCCAAAGAAUUCUGGGAGUUGCAGUUUGUUGAGGAUGCUGGGCGCUGUUAAGAGAUUCCCCCCGCUCCCCUCCCAGGCAGGGCUACGUUUCCCAGAGUUUCCUGCGAAGAGGGAUCAACUCUGGGAAUCGAAGCUCCUGGAAUCUUGUGCUGUGAUCGCAGCUUUGCAUAAGACAAUAAGAAGAAACCUGCUAUAUUGGGCUAAUGGUCUGUUUAGUCCAGCACCUGCUUGUCACAGUGUCAAUCCUUCAUUGGCAUCGCAGUAUAAAACUGGAAUAAUUUAAAAGACAAGGACGAAGAUGUCAAGGGUUAUAAGAUCACACUAUGGUCGUGUGCAUUUGGAUAUUCUUCUACACCCUGUCUUUUUCCCGAAAGGAUAGUUCAUUGGGAACCCUUUCGAGUAAAAUUGUGGCUAAAAAGGAAGCAGUAAUAUCUUUGUCGGGACGCGGGUGUAGGUUAAAUCACAGAGCCUAGGACUUGUCAAUCAGAAGGUCAGCGGUUCGAAUCCCCGCGACGGGGUGAGCUCCCGUUGCUCGGUCCCUGCUCCUGCCAACCUAGCAGUUUGAAAGCACGUCAAAGUGCAAGUAGAUAAAUAGGUACUGCUACGGCGGGAAGGGAAACGGCGUUUCCGUGCGCUGCUGUGGUUCGCCAGAAGCGGCUUAGUCCUGCUGGCCACAUGACCCGGAAGCUGUACGCCAGCUCCCUUGGCCAGUAAAGCGAGAUGAGCCCCGCAACCCCAGAGUCGGCCACGACAGGACCUAAUGGUCAGGGGUCCCUUUACCUUUAAUAUCUCUGUCCCGAUCUGCCAGGAGAAACCUUAUUUGGCUUCUUAUCGGGGGUUGUGGGCCGGAGGUCCAACAUUUUGCUCAGCAUCAGUUAGCGGGGUCUGCUGUGUAAAGGGCAGUCUUGUCGCAGUGUCCAACAAAAUGCCUGCGGAGAAACCUGCAAGCAGGAUGCGAAUACAAGAGCAACGCUGGCCCCUCCUGGGGCUUCCAGCAGCUGGUGUUUAGGCGCACUGCGGUCUCCGACCGUGGAGGCCGAUCACAGCCGUUGUGGCUAGUUUCAGAGUCUUUUGCCUAGCGAGGAAGCCCCUCUGUCGUGGACCGGUUGUACUCUGCAAGGGAAGAAGGCUCAGAGCCCAGGGACAACGCGGAGUGGUCAGAGGGAGAAGGCUGGGAAGAGAAGGUGCCGGAUGCUGAAGGGGCAACAGGGCGUAGUGAGCAGGGAGAUUCUGUGUCAGAGAGGAGCAGAACUGGAAGCAGGAAAAGAGAAAAGCCAAGUGGCCGAAAUGAAAUCCCCUGCGUUGCAAAAACAGAAAACUCUGAGACUACGCCGGCUCUCCUCCUUUUGUUCUUCCCACUUCACACCUCUCCUGAUCCUGGGAGACCAGGGCGGAGGGGAGCUUUUCGCAGCAGGCUCCUUCACUGGCCUGACUCAUUUCCGGCACUUUGAACAACCACAAGCAACAUGCGGUCAAUCAUGAUCUAACAAAAAAUGUGUAACAUCCUAUUGCUUCACAGCUUUUUUGUUGUUGAUCAGCUUUUUACACUGUUAAGGGAUUGCUGAUCUAUUUCUAUUUGAAGUACCUGUAGGGACAACUUAUUUGCUGGCGAAGAAUUGCCAUUGAAACAGUUCAUUAUCUGGAAAAACGAUUUACGUUUGGAGCACCUAUCGCCAGACUUUCGCAGCAUUUUGACUGUUGAAAGACAAUUUGCCUUCAUUUCAGUUUUCUUUGAUGCUGACACGCUUUCUAAUUUUGUUCAUGGAACAUUGAUUUGACUCUUAUCAUUUGUGACUUUAUGCAAGGGUUACAUACUUUCUGCUUAUGAAGUGUGAAACAAUAUAAUGCUAUAAUUUUUUUGCUAGAUCGUUAUUAGCCACGUGUUGCUUGUGGUUGUUCAAAGUGGCAGAAAUGAGUCAGGCCAGUGAAGGAGCCUGCUGCAAAAAGCUCCCCUCCGCCCUGGUCUCCCAGGACCAGGAGAGGUGUGAAGUGAGAAGAACAAAAGGAGGAGCGUCGGCGUAGUCUCAGAUUGCUUGUGAAACUCCCUGCAGAGGAAGGGACACAGCCGGCUGUGGUGAGGUGGGGACCUUCAGUCUCCGCAAGAUGUACUGAGAAGAGUCAUUAGGCCCGGCACUCGGGUGCAGACCUUGUUUCUUCUAAGAAAUGAGGUUUGUGCAAUUUAUUGGAAGAAGCGGACCAUUUGGAUCCCUUCCAGUCGGGAUUCAGGCCUCAUCAUGGGACUGAAACUGCCUUGGUCGCGCUGGUUGAUGAUCUCCGGCAGGCUAGGGACAAAGGUGAUAGCUGCUUCCUAGUUCUGCUGGAUCUCUCAGUGGCUUUUGACACCAUCGACCAUAACAUCCUUCUGGACGGUCGUAAUGAAUGCGGCAGCUAGACUGGGGACUGGGAGCGGCCGCCGAGACCACAUAACACCGGUCUUGAAAGACCUACACUGGCUCCCAGUGCGUUUCCGAGCACAAUUCAAAGUGUUGGUGCUGACCUUGAAAGCCCUAAACGGCCUCGGGUCCUGUAUACCUGUAUACCUGAAUACCUGUAUACCCCCAUCGUUCAGCCCGGACACUGAGGUCCAGUGCCAAGGGCCUUCUGGCGGUUCCCUCGCUGUGAGAAGCCAAGUUACAGGGAACCAGGCAGAGGGCCUUCUCAGUAGUGGCACCCACCCUGUGGAACGCCCUCCCACCAAAUGUCAAAGAGAAAAAUAAUUACCAAACUUUUAGAAGACAUCUAAAGGCAGCCCUGUUUAGGGAAGCUUUUAAUGUUUGGCAGACUAUUGUAUUUUAAUAUUUUGUUGGAAGCCGCCCAGAGUGGCUGGGGAAACCCAGCCAGAUGGGCGGGGUGUAAAUAAUAAAUUAUUAUUAUAAAUUAUUAUUAUUGCCGGCUCACUCCUGACCAUCUCCAUCAAGCAACGCAGACUUUGCCUUCCCUUCCCAGGAACUGGCAAAGCAUUAUGACAAGAGCAGUCCCGGCUACGACGCCGUGGAAGAGGCGAGCAUCACCAUGACGGCCGUGGCUUGGUACAUCAACGACAUGAAGCGCAAGCAGGAACACGCCACCCGGCUGCAGGUAUUAAAAAGGGGGAAACUCAAGAGGUGAUCGUGCCGAGGGCACACCAGAAUUAUUUGAGAACUAAAGGUCCUCAAGAGGGGACUGGCCAGAUGUUUGCUUCUCUGGGUGCUAUGGCAGAGAAGAUCCUUCACCAGGUACCGUAUUUUUUGCUCUAUAAGACUCACUUUUUCCCUCCUAAAAAGUAAGGAGAAAUGUGUGUGCGUCUUAUGGAGCGAAUGCAGGCUGCGCAGCUAUCCCAGAAGCCAGAACAGCAAGAGGGAUUGCUGCUUUCACUGCGCAGCGAUCCCUCUUGCUGUUCUAGCUUCUGAGAUUUAGAAUAUUUUUUUUCUUGUUUUCCUCCUCCAAAAACUAGGUGCGUCUUGUGGUCUGGUGCGUCUUAUAGAGCGAAAAAUACGGUACUUGCCUCCGUUACAGCAACCUGAACAUGUCGGAGGAAAUAAUCCAUUAUACAUUGCUGAAAAUGCAUAUGACACAUCGCAUUAUAGGAAAGUUUUUAAUGUUUGAUGUUUUAUUAUGUUUUGAUAUACAGUCGUACCUCUGCUUACGUAUCCCUCUGGACACGUAAACUUCGGGUUGCGAACGUGGCAAACCCGGCAGUGUACGCUUCCGGGUUUCGCCAUGUGCGGUGCACAGAAGGGCGCCUCCAGUUAAAGUUUUCGGGAUCAGCCGGGCCUCUGGAACGGAUCCCGUUCAUAACUGGAGGUACCAGUGUAUGCUGUAAGCCACCCAGAGUGGCUGGGGAAACCCAGCCAGUUGGGUAUAAAUAAUAAAAUUAAUUAUUAUUAUUAUGAUUAUUAUUAUUAUUAUCAAAUCAGACCAGUCCCCUUCCCCUUGGAGCUUAUGAAACCCCCCAGACUAUCUACCGAUUCAGUAUUUGUUUGCAGGAACUUUUGCACCACGAUUAGACUUUGUCCCUCCCUUAAUUGAUCAUUUGGUCUGAUUCAUUUGCGCAGACAAUGAGCAAUCAUCCUGAUUUGCUUAUGAGCUCUUGACGCAUCUUGCCAUUGAGCAUUCAUUGACACACACACACACACGCCCUACUUUGCAACGCAUUUCCCUAUUCCUUUUCAAUUCAUAAUAAUAAUAAUAAUAAUAAUAAUAAUAAUAAUAAUUUUAUUUGUAUGCUGCCCUCCCUGGCCAGAGCCGGGCUCAGAGCGGCUAACAUCAUAUAAAUAAUACAAUAUGCAUAAAAAUAAGCAAUCAAUCGAUUAAAAUGUGCCCCAAAAUUAAUUCAGAUAAAUUAAAAAUAAAGUUGAAACUGAACAAAUGAUAAUCCUCAGGUUAAAAUUGAAAGCAGUUAAUACUUGCCAGGAGCAACUGUUUCCACUGAUAUUAUAAGGACCUGUGUGCAGGCUAGAAGAAGAAGAAGAGAAGAAGAGUUUGGAUUUGAUAUCCCGCUUUACCACUCUCCUUCAGGAGUCUCAAAGCAGCUAGCAAUCUCCUUUUCCCUUCCUGCCCCACAAGAAACACUCUGUGAGGUGAGUGGGGCUGAGAGACUUCAGAGAAGUGUGACUGGCCCAAGGUCACCCAGCAGCUGCAUGUGGAGGAGCGGAGACGCGAACCCGGUUCCCCAGAUUAGGAGACUACUGCUCUUAACCACUAUACCACACUGGCCUCUUUAAUGCUUGUUCUUAUACAGAAAUAAAAGAAUCAGACUGAACCCCGACCAAAGGCCUGGUGGAACAGCUCCGUCUUGCAGGCCCUGUGGAAGGAUGUCAAAUCCAGCAGGGCCCUGGUCUCUUGUGACAGAGCGUUCCACCAGCCCGGGGCCAUGACUGAAAAGGCCCUGGCUCUGGUCGAGGCCAGUCUAAUCUUCCUGGGGCCCAGAAUCUUCAGGGUGUUAUUAUUUGCAGACCGUAAGGCAUUGCUUUUUGAAUGUGUGCUAGGGCACCAGAGCGUUUUAAACCCGCUUUAAUUUUGCAAGCCCAAAGUCCCAGAAUUCACCUGAAACCCUCCUGCAAAAUAGAGGCAUCCAAUGUCGCGCAGUACUGCCUUCAACCAGUAGGCAAACUCAAAACUGCCUCGAUUUCUAAACAGGCCAUACUCUUAAGAGGUCCUGCUCUGAGGGCCUUCUGGCGGUUCCCUCGCUGUGAGAAGCCAAGUUACAGGGAACCAGGCAGAGCGCCUUCUCGGUAGUGGCACCCGCCUUGUGGAACGCCCUCCCACCAGAUGUCAAAGAGAACAACAACUACCAGACUUUUAGAAGACAUCUGAAGGCAGCCCUGUUUAGGGAAGUGUUAUGUACUGAAGUUCUCACCCUGGGCCAGCAGGGGGAUACUGUAGAUAGUUUUCACUCAGGUCCACAUAUGCAAAUAAGGGAUCGAAAGUGACGUUCAGUGAUUGGAUAGUUACAGAAAGUGGCUACUGUUGCGUUGUAGUGGAGCUCUAUAUAAGCAGGCUGACUGAACCCUUCAGUUCAGUUCUGUUCUGGCCUGUGAAUAAACAAGAGCUGUUUGAAGAAUCGCUGUGUCGUCUGACAUGUUCACCCACAACUUAACAGGAAGCUUUUUAAUGUUUAAUAGGUCAUUGUAUUUUAGUGUUCUGUUGGAAGCCGCCCAGAGUGGCUAGGGAAGCCCAGCCAGAUGGGUGGGGUAUAAAUAAUAAAUUAUUGUUAUUAUUAUUAAGUUGCAGCUAGUAACUCUUUCCUCUUUGGGAGCUGAGCUCUGUCUCCUUGUUUUCCCUCCCUCCCCAUUCCUCUGUCCUUUUCCUAGGAGAUCCAGAGGCAGCUGGUUGGCUGGACAGGCCCAGAGUUGGGGGCUUUUGGGGAGCUGGUCCUGGAGGGGCAGUUCCGGGUGCCGCGGGCACGCAAGGAGAGGGUCUUCUUCCUCCUCAGCAAGGUGAUCCUGAUCGCCAAGCGCCAUGGAGAAGCCUUCGUCUACAAGAGCCACAUCUUUGUAAGAGGGGCUGGGGGAGGGUGUGGGGAGGAAGAAUGAGGGGCCCAGAUUUUGGGGGCAUGUAGAGUCACAGAAGGGGGACGUGGGUGGCGCUCAGGGUUAAACCACAGAGCCUCUUGGGCUUGCCGAUCGGAAGGUCGGCGGUUCGAAUCCCGCGACGGGGUGAGCUCCCGUUGCUCGGUCCCUGCUCCUGCCAACCUAGCAGUUCGAAAGCACGUCAAAGUGCAAGUAGAUAAGUAGGUACCGCUCCGGCGGGAAGGUAAACGGCAUUUCCGUGCGCUGCUCUGGUUCGCCAGAAGCGGCUUAGUCCUGCUGGCCACAUGACCCAGAAGCUGUAUGCCGGCUCCCUCGGCCAGUAAAGCGAGAUGAGUGCCGCAACCCCAGAGUCGGCCAUGACUGGACCUAAUGGUCAGGGGUCCCUUUACCCUUUACCACUUUAAGCUACUGAAGGCCCUUUCUAUGUCCAGUUGUCCUAUGUCCCUGUUUUUUGUGUUGAAUAUACAGUUAUACUUCAGGUUAAAAAUGCUUCGGAUUAAAUCUUUUCAGGUUGCGUCCUGUGGUGACCCAGAAGUACCGGAUAGGGUUACUUCUGGGUUUCACCGCUCACGCAGACGCUCAAAAUGAUGUCACAAGCAUUUGCAGAAGCGGUGAAUUGUGACCCACGCAGACGCGGGUUGCAUUCUGCUCAGGUUGCAAACGGGGCUCCGGAACGGAUCCCGUUCGCAACCAGAGGUACCACUGUAUGCUAUAUGGUAAUUGAUGGACCUAAUCAGUAUCUCAAGACAUUUGCAUAUGUUGCCCUGCAACCAGUCCAUGCAGAUGUCACAUAGAGGAGGGAGAAAGGUUGUUUUCUGCUGCUCCAGAGAAGCGGACACGGAGCAAUGGAUCCAAACUACAAGAAAGAAGAUUCCACCUAAACAUUAGGAAGAACUUCCUGACAGUAAGAGCUGUUCGACAGUGGAAUUUGCUGCCAAGGAGUGUGGUGGAGUCUCCUUUCUUGGAGGUCUUUAAGCAGAGGCUUGACAACCAUAUGUCAGGAGUGCUCUGAUGGUGUUUCCUGCUUGGCAGGGGGUUGGACUCGAUGGCCCUUGUGGUCUCUUCCAACUCUAGGAUUCUAUGAUUCUAUUCUAUGAUUCACAAUGUCGGCACCCCAUAUAUAGAAAGGAGCAAAUUGGUGAUAUUUUAGGGAGCAGGCUAGCGGGUGGGGCCCAUGACUUACAUCAUAGGAGCCUAUACAACACAAAACACGGCUGCUGUAGGUAGGUUUUAUUUUAUUUGUUUUUUAUCUUAUAUUUUGGAAAUGUACAUCCAGGGUUUUUUUCCUUUAAUUUUUUGGGGGCCCCCAAGGGAGUGGGGCCCUGAGCUAGAGCUUGUUUAGCUUAUACGUAAAUCAGGCACUGUUUAUACCCCUCCAUGCUUCAGGCAGAGUCUCUGCCUGUUGAUUCAUUUUUAAUCUCAGAGCUCAGUCCUGGAAGAGCAUUUGUUCCGAAGGCAGCGAGGGCACUCCCAAGAGCCUCCUUGCUGCUCUACAAAUGUCACUGCUGUCUUCACGCCAAACGGUUGGACGAGAUGUCACCGUUUCCAUUCCAUUUUUCUUCUUUUCCUGCCUCUGACUCUACAGUGCUGCAACCUGGCCCUGCAGGAGAACACAAAGGACCCCAUGAGCUUCAAAAUCUCCGACCUCUCCAUCCCCAAACAGCAGCACGUGGUACAGGUGAGCUCGGGGGGGGGGGUUCAAAGUCGAGCUGAGCUGGAAGGCAAAAUGAAAGCACAAAAAAUGCCCCCAAACAUUGCGCAGGGCUUUGUGGAUUUCAAAAGUGUGUUAGUGCCGCACACCAGGUGCAUCCUUUUAUACACCUGAGAUACCCGGCUGUGGAAGAUGCACCCAAAAUAUCAAUAACAAAGAAACCAGAGACAUAUCUUCUUGGAUUGAUAGAUGACGAGAUACCACGGGGGAAAGAAAAUAAUUUUCCUAUAUGCAAGUACAGCUGCUAGACUAGUGAUUGCCGCUAGGUGGAAGUCACAAACGAUACCCACAAAGGAGGAAUGGAUUUGUAAACCAAAUGAAUAUUUAAUUUUGGCAAAAUUAACUGCUAUAAUAAGAAAUCAGUUGAAUCAAAAAUUUAAAAAGGAGUGGAAAUGUUUUGAUGAGCAUAUGGCAAAAUAUUGCUCAGAAAAAGAUACGCUAAUAUGCCUAGAUUAAAAUGUGAAGUACUGGGUGGAAGGAAAAUUAGUAAGGAAAGAGAAUAAGGAUAUCUAGAUGACUUGAGAAGACUGUAGAAUGCAAAAAUUAGUGUAAGUUGUAUAAUGUGGAGGAAAUCGAGUAGGGGCAGAGGGAGAAAAUAAUAAUAUGAUGGAUUGAGGAAAUAUAAAUGUAAAUGUAUGGGGAGGAAAUGGUGUUGGCUUUGGUACAUUUGUAUUGUAAUGUAAUAUGUGAAAACCAAUACAUAGAUAGAUAUAGAUUGAUAGAUAGAUAGAUGAUAGAUAGAUAGAUAGAUAUAGAUAGAUAAGAAAAGAAAAGAAUGGAAAGGAAAGGAAAGGAAAAUGCACCCAAAUGCUGGCCUUUGCUACCGCAGGUGAGGAACCAGGAAGAAAAACGUCUGUGGAUCCAUUAUCUGAAGCGGCUAAUCGUGGAGAAUCAUCCAGCAUCCAUCCCUCAGAAGGUAACUGGGGUCCAGGAGUAGUGUUACCUGCUGGUGGGAGUUAAUCUGGAAUCCUGUUAGACCUUGUGGAGGUACCUGUAUGGCUCAGGGAGAGAGAAAGAGAAGUUAGAGGUCCCUCCAGCCAUCUGUUUCAUUGUGCAUUCACAAUAUUUAUUUGUUUAUAAAAAUAUUUACAUGCCGCUGUAUCAUCAAAAUAUAUCACUCCCAGUCACCAGUCUAGCUGCCACAUUCUGGAUUAAUUGUAGUUUCUGGGUCACCUUCAAAGGAAGACCCAUAUAGAGCGCAUUGCAGUAGUCCAAGCGAGAGAUAACCAGAGCAUGUACCACUCUGGCCAGACAGUCUGCGGGCAGGGAGGGUCUCAUCCUGCGUUCCAGAUGGAGCUGGGAGACAGCUGCCCUGGACACAGAAUUAACCUGUGCCUCCAUGGACAGCUGUGAGUCCAAAAUGACUCCCAGGCUGAGCACCUGGUCCUUCAGGGGCACAGUUGCCCCAUUCAGGACCAGGGAGUCUCCCACACCAGCCCAUAUUCCUGCCCAUAUUAAAAGCUUCCCUAAACAGGGCUGCCUUCAGAUGUCUUCUAAAAGUCAGAUAGUUCUUUAUUUCCUUGACAACUGAUGGGAGGGUGUUCCACAGGGUGGGUGCCACCACCGAGAAGGCCCUCUGCCUGGUUCCCUGUAACUUGGCUUCUCGCAGGGAGGGAACCGCCAAAAGGCCCUCGAAGGAGGACCUCAGUGUCCAGCAGAACAAUGGGGGUGGAGAUGCUCCUUCAGGUAUACUGGACCGAGGCCGUUUAGGGCUUUCAAGGUCAGCACCAAUGCAGAUCUCUCAGGACUGGUAUUAUGUGGUCUCGGCGGCUGCUCCCAGUCUAGCUGCCACAUUCUGGAUUAGUUGUAGUUUCCCCGUCACCUUCAAAGGUAGCCCCACGUAGAGCGCAUUGCAGGAGUCCAAGCAGGAGAUAACCAGAGCAUGCACCACUCUGGAGAGACAGUCUGCGGGCAGGGAGGGUCUCAUCCUGUGUACCAGAUGGUAGACGGCUGGACGAACUGCAUGGCUCAGAAUAAGGCAGUGUCCUCUGUUUUGUGUCACCCCAGGAAUGGGUUGUUUGUGGGUGGAUUGCAUUCCCAUCCCACCUUUUUCUCCCUGGAGCUUCAGGUGGAGUGCACGGCUCUCCCCCUCCUCAUUUUAUUCCCACAACAACCCAGCGAGGUACGUGAGGCUGAGAGGCAGCGACUGGCCCAAGGUGUCAUGGUCCGGUCUACGGGCAAUGGAAGUACUGGCUGAGGACGUCGGGACCGGGGGCAAGAUGGCGGGGUGGGAGCAGGAACGAGAGUCCAGAAGCCAGGGGUCAGGAAGCCAGGGGUCCGAGGGUCGAGAAGCAGGGAGUCACGAAGUCACGGGUCCGAGGGUCGAGAAGCAAGGAGUCACGAAGUCGAGGGUCUGAGGGACGAGAAGCAGGGAGCCAAGGUCCGAGGAUCAGGAAGCAAGAAGCCAAACGCAGCAAGGCAGGAAACGUGUUGCUGUGGCAAAGAGCCGAAGGGAAAUGCUGACCUUAUAUCCCUUCCCGGCUCUUGCCACCAGAUGCAGUGAGUUACCAAGCGGCCUCACCUGUGUGACCGUGCCUUGCCUCUCCAGAACAAACUUAGGAAGGCCCAGUCCUGCGAAGCCCUUCUGGUCCCAGGGCCUGGCUCCUGCGUGCACUCCUGACACAAGGUCACCCAGUGAGCUUCAUGGCCGAGUACGGGGAUUUGAACCCUGGUCUCCUGGGCCCAACUUUCUGACCUCUACACCCUGCUGUCUCUUGCACUUGGCCGCAUCUGAUUCUUCCUUCCCUUUUGCUCUUUGUUGCAGGCUAAGCAAGUCCUGUUAGAGAACAGCUUCCAGGGUAAGUGCCUCAGUCUCUUUUCCUCCUCCUUCCCAAACUCUUGAGCAGGCAUCCCCAAACUCCAGUCCUCCAGCUGUUUGGGGACUACAAUUCCCAUCACCCCGACCAUGGGUCCUGUUAGGUAGGGAUGAUGGGAGUUGUAGUCCCAAAACAUCUGGAGGGCUGAGUUUGGGGAUGCCUGCUCUUGAGGUUUCUCAUUUCCAUAGGAUUUUAGCUCUGGACUCUUCUGCAUAAACCCAAGACACCUGUCUCCUUGUUGUGUAACAAUAUUUACAGAGUGAUAUCUUGGUUCUCAAACUUAAUCCGUUCCGCGAGUCCGUUCCAAAACCAAAGCGUUCCAAAAACCAAGGCGUGCUUUCCCAAAGAAACGGAUUAAUCCGUUCCAGACUUUUAAAAACAACCCCUGAAACAGCCAUUUAACAUGAAUUUUACUAUCUAACGAGACCAGUGACCCAUAAAAUGAAAGCAAUAAUCAGUGUACUGUACUAUAAAAUAAAUAAGACAGUACUGUAGAUAAUAAAAAUAAAAAUAAUUAUUUUUUCUUGCCUGAACUGAUGAUAGUCAUUGUUUAGAUGGAUAUUUUUCUUAAUCAUUUCCGCAGUCACACAAUCAAUCAAUCAAUCAAUCAAUCAGUAGCUGAACUGGGUUCCACACAGCCACAAAAACAAGCAAACCGAAAAAGCCUCAAAGACAAAACGUCAAAAUAAAUAGCAAAAACAAAAGCGCCAAACUUAAUCCAUUCCGGAAGUCCGUUUGACUUCUGAAAUGUUUGGAAACCAAGGGGCGGCAUCCGAUUGUUGCAGGCGCCCCGGGAACAAUAGCUGAAAAACAUUCAAAAACCGGAGCACUUACUUCUGGGCUUUCGGCAUUUGAGAACCAAGGUAUUUGCAUUCUUUAUUUUCAUUUGCUUCAGGCUCCCCAGAGGUCUUCUCCAGCCCAGGGGCCUCCAAGAAGACCUCACCUUCGACGCGGGUUGAUGAGUCCGUGGCGUGCAGCCGAAACCGGUGGCAAUCGGGUGAGGAAGUCAUGAAAUCACAGAAUUGUCGAGUCGGAAGAUACCCAGGGGUCAUCUAGUCCAGCCCCCUUCGAUGCAGAUGAAGGAGGGAUGAGAAGGGAUUUGGUGCAGUUCACAUUUAAGGGGAGAACUUAAAUGAUGAUCUCUCCCAGCAGCUUCAUAUAGCUAUUGAAAAGCAUGGGGGCGAGGACAGAAGCCGGAGGCAUCCCACAGGUGAGAGCCCAGGGGUCUGAACACUCAUUCCCCCCCCACCACUUUCUGAACACGGCCCAGGAGGAAGGAGCGGAACCACUGUAUGACAGUGCCCCCAGCUCCCAGCCCCUCAAGACGCUCCAGAAGGAUGUUAUUGCAUCAUAAUGUCUCUUGGUGUGUCGUGCAAACCUGCUCGUCUGAAAAAGGCUUUUUAUAGGGCGCUGGGGAUGAGUUUAUGUGGCCUAACGGGUAAUGGCCUCCCCUCCAAAAAAUUAGGGAACCACUGAUUUAGUUGUUGUUGUUUAGUUGUUUAGUUGUGUCCGAUUCUUCGUGACCCCCUGGACCAGAGCACGCCAGGCCCUCCUGUCUUCCACUGCCUCCCGCAGUUUGGUCAAACUCAUGCUGGUAGCUUCGAGAACACUGUCCCACCAUCUCGUCCUCUGUCGUCCCCUUCUCCUUGUGCCCUCCAUCUUUCCCAACAUCAGAAGAAGAGUUUGGAUUUGAUAUCCCGCCUUUCACUCCCCUUCAGGAGUCUCAAAGCGGCUAACAUUCUCCUUUCCCUUCCUCCCCCACAGCAAACACUCUGUGAGGUGAGUGGGGCUGAGAGACUUCAGAGAAGUGUGACUAGCCCAAGGUCACCCAGCAGCUGCAGGUGGAGGAGUGGGGAAUCGAACCCAGUUCACCAGAUUAGGAGACUACCGCUCUUAACCACUACACCACACUGGCUCCCACACUCUCCCAGGGUCUUUUCCAGGGAGUCUUCUCUUCUCCUGAGGUGGCCAAAGUCUUGGAGCCUCAGCUUCAGGAUCUGUCCUUCCAAUGAGCACUCAGGGCUGAUUUCCUUCAGAGUGGAGAGGUUUGAUCUCCUUGCAGUCCAUGGGACUCUCAAGAGUCUCCUCCAGCUCCAUAAUUCAAAAGCAUCCAUUCUUCGGCGAUCAGCCUUGCCGUGGCGAAGGGGCUUGAAUAACUCAGAGAAACUAUGAGCUAUGCCGUGCAGGGCCACCCAAGAUGGACAGGUCAUAGUGGAGAGUUUUGACCAAACGUGAUCUACCUGGAGCCGGAACCGGCAAGCCACUCCAGUAUCCCUGCCAAGAAAACUCCAUGGACAAAUACUGAUUUAGUAGACAGAGUUAAAGAGCAGCGUCUGAGACCAUGUGCCUUUGCUACGGAGACCAGGCAAGCUUCAGUAGGCGAGUGAAUUUUGGACAUGACGAAACUUUCAUUUCCUUUUUCCCCAGACCCACCGGAGUUCAUGUAUAGCCCCGAACGAGCGCGGCAGAGCUGCCCCAUCUUGCAGCUGGAGAAGAGCGGUUCUUACCGCCGCGGCCGCAGGCAGUCUGGUGAGGAAAAGUACACAGGUCUCUCUCUUUCCGGAGAAUUUCCCAUUUCUGUGCAAGCUGGGAUGGAGGUUUUGCAAAAGGCGCCCUGCAUUCUCCAGAGCGGCACUAGGGGGCAGUGCGCUGCAAGAAAAGCUGUGCUCUUAACAAGCAGCGCAAAACGAUAAAUAAAGCUAAGCAGGGUCCAGUCUGGUUUCAGAUUGGAUGAUGAACCGUGUGUUUCGAUCCCUGCAUGGCAGGGGGUUGGACUAGAUGACCCUCAGGCAGGGUGGAUAAAAAUUAAUUUUUUAAAAAAAUUAAAAUAUUAUUUAAAAAAAAAUUGAUUUUUUUAUUUAAAUCGGAUUUUUUAAAAUUAAAAUCAGAUUUUUAAAAAUUUAAAUCAGAUUUUUAAAAUACAAUGCAUUCGGAGGAAAAAUCUUUCUAAAGAUGGGUUUCUAUUUAAGUUGCGUUAUAGUCCAAAGGCUAUUCGUCAGGAAAUCAGAAUUUGUUUUAAGUUUUUCAUGUGUGCUAAAAAACUAAGUUUUUUUUUAAAAAAAAAACAAACAUUUAACCACAUCAGUUAACAAAUAUGCAUACAUAUGCUAUUGCUUUAGUUAAAUAAAUUGUUAUUAAGGAAAUGAUUAUUUUUCUCCUUCCAAUAAAGCACAGCAGAAAAGUUAACUUAUUAAACUUCACCAUAAUUUCGUAAUUAUCUGUCUAUGGAUUUCUAAUGGUAUAACCAAAUCGGUAAUUUUUGAUAUAACUGUAAAAACUACAGUGGUGCCUCGCAAGACGAAAAUAAUUCGUUCCGCGAGUCUUUUCGUCUUGCGAUGUUUUUCGUCUUGCGAAGCACAGUCCAUCGCACAGUCCGUCGCAACAAGCGGCUUUAAGAAAAAAGCGCAAGACGUUUUCGUCUUGCGAAGCAAGCCCAUAGGGAAAUUUGUCUAGCGAAGCAACGCAAAACCGAAAAACCCUUUCGUCUAGCGAGUUUUUCGUCUUGCGAGGCAUUCGUCUUGCGGGGCACCACUGUACUCUGAAAAUUUAUGAUUCCAAAGAUGAAACCUUCCUCUGGUUGGAAAUACUAAGAUUAUACCAGCAAGAAUGAUUCUUUCUGUAAAAAAUAAAAUAAAAAUUGAUUUAAAUCAAGUCUUACUGACUAGUGAUUUAAACUGUGGUUUAAAUCAAUUUGAUUUAAAUCCAAUCCCCUUCCAGCCCUAUGAUUCUGUGAUUUCCGUUUCUAUAAGAAAGUUUCUCUUACUGAUCUUUAACUGGUGGGUCUGGGCUCUAGCUACUGGGAGCACCACCACCAGGCAGGUUAACUAGGAAACUUUGGGGUUUUUUCCUUUUUUUGGUUGGAACAGACUAGCACGGCUGCCCCUCUGGAAUUGAUCCUGCCCAUUUUUCAUUUUAAACAAAAUUCAGCUGUUGUGCCGCUGACUCUGAUGGUUCCUUCUCUUUUUUCUUCCUCCUCCCUCCUCCUCUUCCUUUCCUUUGUUUGCUGCUGCGGACGUUCUCAGACGUGGCCAAGAUCAAGGUAGGUGGUUCUCUGCCACGCAUGCCUCCUCACUCUGCAUCUCUGUUGCACUCAAAUUCGGGUUUCCCCAAAGAGGGGUCCGGUUGGCCGCUGCGAGAACCGGGCGCUGGACUAGAUGGGAUGUUGGGCUGACUGAGGACACUUUCCUUAGGCUCCCAAAAUGUGAAAUGUGACUUAACUGCGUGUGCUUGCAUUCCUCCUCCCGCCCGUCUUGUCAAAAUGGGCAACCUCUUUGGGGCAGGGACCACUCUGUUUUUGCUGCCGUUACGCCUCGCGUUGCAGUACAGCGACUCUGCAGCUUAAUAAUAAUGAUAAUGAUAAUAAUAAUUUUUAUUUAUAUCCCGCCCUCCUCAGCCAGGGCGGCUAACAUCAAUAAAAUUUCAGUAAAAAUAUAAGUGGGGGGGGGGGAGAGAAAAAGAAAAAAACCAAUUUAAAAUACAGGUUAAAAUGCAAUUUAAAAUGCAGCCUCAUUUUAAAAGUCAAAACCAUAAGGGGAGGGAAACAUAAGGGUCAGAGUGAGUCCAGCCCAAAGGCCAGGCGGAACAGCUCCGUCUUGCAGGCCCUGCGGGAAGAUGUCAAGUCCUGCAGGGCCCUGGUCUCUAUAUAUAUUGCUUGUUUUAUGUUACUAUGGCCGUUGGCUAAUGAGAAUAAAAGGUAAAGGUAAAGGGACCCCUGACCAUUAGGUCCAGUUGUGGAUGACUCUGGGGUUGUGGCACUCAUCCCGCUUUACUGGCCGAGGGAGCCGGCGUACAGCUUCUGGGUCAUGUGGCCAGCAUGACUAAGCCGCUUCUGAAGAACCAUAGCAGUGCACGGAAAUGCCGUUUACCUUCCUACCGGAGUGGUACCUAUUUAUCUACUUGCACUUUGACGUGCUUUCGAACUGCUAGGUUGGCAGGAGCAGGGACCAAACAAUGGGAGCUCACCCCGUCGCGGGGAUUCGAACCGCCGACCUUCUGAUCGGCAAGCCCUAGGCUCUGUGGUUUAACCCACAUCGCCCUUACAUGUUCCCUAAAUGCUCGCCACGGACCAACUGCAUGUUCCCCUCUGCUGCCCCCUGCUUCCCUCCCGCUGCCCCUCUGCCAAAGUGUGUAGCCUCCUUGGGGCAGAGACCUCUUUUUUUGGCUGCCUUGCAUUAUGUUGACGCUGCGUAGCUCAGCCGUAACGCCGCAUUCCCGUUCUGCAGCACGCUGACAGCGACGGAGAGCUCUUUCCGGCCGCCGAGCCCCUCGGGCUGCCCGGCCCCCCCUGCCCGGUGACGUCCGUCGGGACGGAGAUGGACGCCGAGGAGUCGGACCAGGACGAAGGGGAGGCGGAGUUCUCUCUGGCCGGAGAGCCGGUCCCCGGAAAUUUGUCCAUUACGGAGGAAAUCCUGGAACUGCUCAGCCAACGGGGCUUGGAUGGCGAGUCGGGAAAAGACGGGCCAAUUUUGGGAGAAGAGAGGGCGGAGGUGAGUGGCAUGGGGUUCAGGGGGGAAAGCGGGUUGAGCUAGAUGACCUUGGGGUACCUUCUGACUCUACAGCUCUGUGGUUCCAAUAGGAGUUGGGGAUUCUGUGCAAAGCUAGGGGGGAGAUGCAUAAUUAUUGAUUAUUAAGACAUCUGGAGGCAGCCCUAUUUAGGGAAGUUUUUUUUUAAAAAAAAUAUUUUCAAUGCAAAAUUACAACAAACAUUACAAAGAUCGAAUCCAAAAUAAAACAGUAGAAACAAGAAAAAAAAACACGAGAGAAAAAAGAACACAAAAGACAAAAAAACAAAAACACACAUCUACAAAUAAAACCAUAUCAUCGUUCUAGUCUAAUCAUUACCAAUACAUAUACACAUAUUGACUUAGUUCUUUUGUUCUAAGACCUCAAAAUUUUUACUCUUUCUAAAUUGUUGUGUCUAAUGUAGAUUGCCUCUAUCUUUAUAAUUUUUACACCAUUUUUUCUCUUUCUUUAACCCUGCAAAACUUCAUUCAUUACAUACCGUUAUGCUUACUUAGGGAAGUUUUUAAUGUUUAAUGCUGUGUUGUGUUUUAAAUAUUUGACUGGCAGCCGCCAGAAGGCCCUCAGUGCUGGACCUCAGCGUCCGGGCAGAACAGACAUCCAGUCUUGCAAAUGUAAAAGCACGUCUGUAUUUUGGGAUAAGAAGUUUGUGCAGAAACAGGGCCAGAGAAUCAAAAUGGAGAGGCGUAAAAUGAACGUACCAAGGGCAGAAUUUCCUUACAGUGGCCGGGUUGUUCUGGUGCUCGAUAUCUUUUAGACGUUGACCAAUAAGACUGUUUGCUUUAGUGGGGCCCAUAGUGAGUAGGUGUUGUGGAGACAGGCCACAAGAGUGAAGUUUUUGAUAGACGGUUUUAAGCCAGGCGCUUUUAUGGGACUCUUGAAGUACUAGGGAUGGUAAACCAGUGGGAUUUGAGUUUCGGCGGAGCCUGAAGUUAAGAGUUCUUUGCUAAGUCCGUACUUCUACUGAAGGGAGACUUGCCUCCAGUCUCAAGGAUGCGUUUGGGAUGAUAACAGCUUGUGGGGAUCGUGGUCUCACCCUCGUUUGCCUCGGGUGUUUGGAGUGGCAGGGAGUUCCCCAGGCCGUAAUCACCAUCCACCUUGUUGUUCUCUUGCAGGAUCCGCUCCUGAGAAGCGAUCCGUUGGAGGAGCUGGAGGAGAAGGCAGAAGAGGAGGCGGUGGAAGAGCGCGGAUUGGAGGGGGAAGAGGCCCCCCAGAGAGACCCGGUCCAGGAACAGCCGCCUCCGAUGCCUCGUCAUCCCUUCACCUGUGACUCCUCCGAGGAAGAGGAGCAACGGGAGGAGUCCGCCAGUCCGUCUCCUCUCCACGUUCUGGAGAACUUGGAGGACACCUGCAGGAAGCCAGGAGAGGGUGGCGGUGCUGGCUGCGUGGGGCAGGCGGUGGCGGGUGCGAGAAGCCCGCCCCCUGAGGAUCCCGGCCAAUCGAAGCAGCCGGCGCCGUACGCCCAAAGCUCCCUGCAGGCAGAGGGUGGAGCCAAGCAUGACUCCACCUUGACGAAGGACGACUGGGUGCUGAUUGAGAAAAUCAAGAGCUACUACGAAGGGACGGAGGCUAUGAACAAGGUGCCGGGUUUGAGUAAGAUGGAGGGCGCCCUUCCGGUGCCCGCCGGCGUGGUGCGCGAGUCCGUCCUUCGCUUCAACAGCAUCCUGCGGCAGAACGAUGCCCGGGACGCGGAAGUGGGCGGGUGCAAGCUGGGCAAGCUCCGCCCACAACCGGGCGCCGGCGGCCACGGGAGUCCCGGCAGGAGCAGGAGCCAAUCGUGUAACGCCCAGCCGCCCUUCUGCCAAUGGGAUUCCGGCGAGGGGCGGAGCCACCUGCCCGCAAGCCCCGGACAUUCCAAGAGGGGGAGGAGCCGCUCCGACGGCGGCCAAUCGCCAGGCGGCUCUGAAGAUUGCGCCGGCGGCGAGGCCCAAUCACCUCAGGCCUGCUGUGAGGAUUCUGAGAAGGGGCGGAGUCUAUCUGGGAGAACCCAUAACGUUUCUGGAAGUGGGUGUGGCUUGGAGGAGGAGGAGGAGCCUACAGGACCCGAGUUCAAAUCCUGUGCAGAGAUCCGGAGGGCUUGGCAGGAGAAGGAGCGGAGCACUCUGGACAUUUUGAAGAAAGGGGGCAAGGGGGCAGGUAGGGGGUUGCCCUCCGCCCUGGAGACGCUGGUUUACGCCGAACCCUUGUGCAUCGUGGAGGAUUCGGACUUGGAGGAACCGCACUCGGGACCGAGCAGAGACACGGAGGAGGAAGCCCACGGUCCGGGGACGAAGGAGAGACAGGCGGCUAUCGCGGGCGAUGGAUCUCGGGGAUACCUGCCCGCCCUGGACCUCUACGAGAGCAACGGGGAGCCGUGUCUGUUGGAGAACUCGGAGCGCAUCAUCAGCAAGGUGCAGGCCUUGGCCAAAAUGUACAGCGAGAAAAUCAGCCGCCUGAAAGCCCAGGGCAGGGGGCUGGAGAGGCCCCGGGCCCCCCACCACCGGAGGACCCUCGGCAGGAGCCUGGCCGGGGUGCAGGAGGGGAAGCAAGGAGCCGCCAUCCCCCACUGUGAGUGAACCCUGUGUGGCAUGCGCUUCCGAAACUAGCCUGCCCCCUCCAGAGGAUUCUGGGAAAAGGUGGCCAUUUUCUCCCAGCAUUCCUCAGGACCAGGGUUAUAUUUGUGUAUCCGCAGGGUGCGGGGUGUUGGAACAAGUCCACAGGCUGCUCUUUGUGCCUCUGGGUGGGGUUUUGAGCAAAGCGAGGGGCCAGCACCGAUAAGACCCUGCUGUCCACCUGCCUUCCUUGUUUUCAUCCGCAAGGUGUAGGGAGGGGGGCGUGGGAAGGGGACUUUGCUAGGAAUGAGGCAGCAGUGUUUCUGGGUCCAUGGUGAGUUUGGGGGAAUUUGGGGGGUCAUCUGGGUCAUAUUUAUCUGCGGGGUGAAUGUGAGAUGGCUUCUGUGGCAUUUAAAUUCUAGAUUAGCGUAUGCAUUUUGUGCAAAUCUGCCUUGAUGGGUCCACAAUUUUUAAAAAAUGCAAAUUGUGGACCCAUCAAGGCAAAUUUGCACCCAAAAAAUUGCACUAAAGUAUCUAGCAGUGUCUUUGGGUGUUUUUUUUGGGGGGGAAGUCCCUAUAAUCUCCCCGUCCCCCGUCCCCCUCUUGUCAUUUUCCACAGGGGAGAUGAGAUGGGAAUAAGGGGCUCUUGGUUUUUAUUCCCUGUGCCUUAAGCAUCGUUCAUAUUUUGUUAUUCCCUCUCAUCCUUCUGAGCGUGAUGAAGGCUUAGCUACACUCAUUGCCACAUUUUAAAAAAUAAUAAUGGGAAGGAAAAACAGCACAGAACUCAAACUAUUGUGUGGAGCACGGGUCUUGAACCCAGUGUGCUGGGACCCCAGGAUAGGUUAAUAAUAUAAUAAUAGAAUUGUGGAGUUGGAAGGGACCCCGAGUGUCAAUAAUAAUAAUAAUAAUAAUAAUUUAUUAUUUAUACCCCACCCACCUGGCUGGGUAUCCCCAGCCACUCUGGGCGGCUUCCAACAAAAUAUUGAAAUACAAUAACCUAUUAAUCAUUAAAAGCUUCCCUAAGCAGGCCUGCCUUCGGAUAUCUUCUAAAAGUCUGGUAGUUGUUGUUCUCUUUGACAUCUGGUGGGAGGGCGUUCCACAGGGCGGGUGCCACCACCGAGAAGGCCCUCUGCCUGGUUCCCUGUAACUUGGCUUCUCGCAGUGAGGGAACCGCCAGAAGGCUCUUGGUGCUGGACCUCAGUGUCCAGGCAGAACGAUGGGGGUGGAGACGCUCCUUCAGGUAUACAGGACCGAGGCCUUUUAGGCUUUCACGGUCAGUGCCAACACUUUGAAUUGUGCUCGGAUACGCACUGGGAGCCAAUGUAGGUCUUUCAGGACUGGUGUUAUGUGGUCUCGGCAGCUGCUCCCAGUCACCAGUCUAGCUGCCGCAUUCUGGAUUAUUUGCAGUUUCCAGGUCACCUUCAAAGGUAGCCCCACGUAGAGCGCAUUGUGGUAGUCCAAGCGGGAGAUAACCAGAGCAUGCACCACUCUGGCGAGACAGUCUGCGGGCAGGGAGGGUCUCAUCCUGCGUACCAGAUGGAGCUGGUAAACAGCUGUCCUGGACACAGAAUUGACCUGCGCCUCCAUGGACAGCUGUGAGUCUAAAAUGACUCCCAGGCUGCACACCUGGUCCUUCAGGGGCACAGUUGCCCCAUUCAGGACCAGGGAGUCCUCCACACCUGCCCGCCUCCUGUCCCCCCAAAACAGGCCUCCUGUCUUGUCAGGAUUCAAUCUCAAUCCGUUAGCUGCCCUCCAAGCUCUUGACAGAAGGCGCUGGCACUAAUUGAGCCCUGCUGCCUUCUGGACCCUAUUGUUCUAGGACCAAUCAGACUGCUGCAUUCUGAAUCCUAUUGUUCUAGGACCAAUCAGACUGCUGCAUUCUGAAUCCUAUUCAACUCAGUACAUAGCAGGCCAUCUCUGCAAGCCCGAUGCUCCCCAGAGCGGCAUUUAGGUUGUCCAGAUGUUUGCCGUUGGCACACCUGCCUCUCAUCUCAGCCAUGGCAAGGGCAGCCGGGGCGUUCAGAUCAUUGGGAAAGGGUCCCGAGGGUCAUCUAGUCCAACCCGCUGCAGUGCAGGGACAGUGUUGCGUGGAGCUGUCUGAACUGCACCUCCCCUCGUCCCAAGCUCCCCAAAUUCGUCUUUGGUGCUGGGCAGUAUCUCCUUCCCCUGGCUGCGAGAUGCAGCACUCAACAGGCGCCCGGAUCCUGGCCUCGUCUUGAAAGCACCGCAGCUGGUUACAUAAUGCAAUUAAGCACUUCAUGUUCUAAUUAAAGCAGAGCCGUAAUUAAGAUCCAGGGGGCUAAACGGAGACGGCUUGGAUUUGUGCAUGUGGAGUGAGAGAGAGGAACGGGAAGAUUUGCUCCAGGCAGCCCUUUCCUUGAAGUUGCAGCUUUCCCCUUUUUCCGCCGCUGAAUCCUUUCUCUUUCCUGAUGAUCCCUAGCAUGGAAUUUGUCUUUUUGUGGGCUGCCACACGCUGGGUCGACAUGCCCCAGGAUCAGACGGCAAGCCGUGCCAGAAUCAGCUGACCCAGAAAUUGGGAUCCAAGGGGAAGUUUGGGAUGUGUGUGUGUUGUGUGUUGUGUGGUGGUUUCCAUCUGAAAAGCAAACUGUGCCCUUGGUUUACCCCCUGCUAUUAUACCGCCCUAAAGCCUCCCUUACCGAUCUUUUUUGUUCUUCCUGAUUUUCAGGAGGCCAUUCUGAGUCGUGUUGUGAAAUUGGGAGGGGGGGGGAGCUGCUGGCCAGUGGGGAGCUUGGCAUCCUAUCCCCCCCCCCCCCGUUUUCUGACCUCUCCACUCUCACUAUGCAAGAAAUGUAUGCAAAACAAGGCCAGCUGGAGUCUCUUAUCUCCCUUGGACUUUUGUGUCUGUCUUCCAAGAUUUUGCAGUCUGCGUCCAGUGCGGGGGGGGGGGGCAGAAUUUUUUUCUUAAAUCAUAAGCGUUUCCUUUUGCAUCUCAGGGCAAAGGGAAGCUCAGAGAAGCUUCCAGAGGGUGCGAUGGCUGUUGCCUUAGGAAAUAGCAUCGCAGAGCAGCAACUAAGCAGGGGUUUCGGACACCUCUAAAAUUUGAAGGGAUGCGGGACCUAAAAUCGCUUUUUAAAAAGGCUGCUGUGUGCAGACCCUCCAGGUAUUUUCCAGGGACAGUCCUGGAUCUACAGAAGCCAUCCCGGUUUCUGAUUUAAUCCCAGAAUGUCAUGCUUUUCCUUAAGAAGUCCCUAUUUUCACUGGAGAAAUGUUGGAGGGUAUGGAGUUGUACAGCCCGCAAGCCAAGGAGAUAAGUAAUUAUACAACCUUUAGAAGACAGCUGAAGGCAGCCCUGUACAGGGAUUUUUAAAAAACAUUUAAUGUUUAAUUAUGUUUUUAUAUAUGUUGGAAGCCACUCGGAGUGCCUAGGGCAACCCAGUCAGAUGGGCAAGGUAUUAAUAAUAAUAAUAAUAUUGAUGUCCCUAUUUCCAACAGAGAAAUGUUGGAGGGAUUGCAUGUUUUAGGAGGAAAGGCCAUUUCCAAAAGAUGACCACAGUUGCCUCAGUGAACAGGCCAGGGUGACCUUAACCCUCACUAUCUCCAGUCAGAAACCUACCCCCCAAAAAAGAUUAAUCAACUCUCGCUUGGGUUGAUUGAUCUAUGGAUUAAGCCAUGGGGGGGCAACCUAAGGCCCGGGGGCCAGAUCCGGCCCAAUCACCUUCUCAAUCCAGCCCGUGGAUGGUCCAGGAAUCAGUGUGUUUUUACAUGAGUAGAAUGUGUGCUUUUAUUUAAAAUGCAUCUCUGGGUUAUUUGUGGGGCACAGGAAUUUGUUCAUAUUUUUUUUCAAAAUAUAGUCCGUCCCCCACAAGGUCUAAGGGUCAGUGGACCGGCCCCCUGCUGAAAAAGUUUGCUGACCCCUGGAUUAAGCCAAUGCAAGCUUUUGACCCUAGUUGAUUUCAUCUCCCCCUGAAUGAGGAGUCAGGUUUUUCACGCUGCCUCCUGCCUCUCCCUCUCUCUCUUUCUGCAGGUGAGCCCCGAAUCUACGGCCACGUCCUCAUCCACGAGCCCCUGCACCACGUGGUCCGAGUCCAGGAGAACACGUUGCUCGCGGCUACCACCCGGGGGACGGCCCUGGACCUACGUGCUGAGAAGCCCUGCCCGCUCCUUUCCCCAGAACUCCUGGGUCCCCUACGGCAGGGACUUCUGUGCCCCGCACCCCAACCUUCAUGCGUCGGGUCUGACGCCUCGGCACCUGCCGGUAGGGAGGCGCUCCCAGAAGGCAAGCAAAGCAGAGGAAGGCCAGGAAGCCCCAGACACUCCCCGUCGCCCGGACCUGCUGUGGAUCCCCUGGCCAAAGAGGCUUGCAGAUUGGGGGAGCCUCCUCUGCACCCCAAAUUCAUAACCGAGAGAACCACGCUUGGAGCCGCGAACACAGAGGAGACCACAUCUGCGUCAGAGCCGGCUGGGGAGAUGGAAGAGGCAACACGGUCAUCUUCUGGGCCUGGGGUGCAGCCGGCGGGUGCCGUAGGAAAAGGGGUGCCCAGCCGUUCCCACAACUCCCAGAGACUCACUGACCUGGAAACCCGAAACUCUUCUGUCUUCCCAGGCUCUGUAGAGGAACCGAAGCCCAGUUUGCCCAGUUCUCCAGCUGCUCCCCCAGCAGGGCAGGCCUCCCCCCAGAACCAGGAAGGACCCCCCUCCUAUACAAGCUCUGGGCUGCAGCUGUCGGCAGCCGGCAGUUCAACAGGAAAAGGCUCGGCACCUUUCCAGGAGAACGAUAAAGUCCGUACAGAGCUGGCAGCAUCAAGCAACGAAUCCUUCAAAAUGCUGCCCGGCGUCCACAGAACUGUGGCCCUGGAUUCUACCCCAAAGGCCACGGUGCUCCUACCACUGGCUUCCUCAGGCCCCACGGAGGCCCCGCUGCUGAUGCCCCGCAGCAUGGAGAAUUGCCCCGUCCAAGAAUCCCCUUCCCCGACCCGGCCCGAUUUCCAGGCGGCAACAGAGCUUCCGGUCUCCGCACCACAGCAGCGCGCGCCGGCCCCGCUCCCGAAGCUCCUCCCCGCCUCUCCGGUCCGCAGGUGCCUCUCCUCUAGUGCGGCGGCCAUUUCCAGGUACAUCGCGGCCUCCUGCAUCAGCCAGAGCCUGGCGCGGAAAAACGGCGGCCCUCCUCAUGAGGAGAUGCAGGUGCCGUUCCUGCCUCCCGCCUCUGGACCGACGCUCCCGAGACCCCUGGCAAACCCUUUGGCUCUGCUCCCCAAGGGGGCGCCCAAGGCCCACGCCAACCUGGGGAAGCCAGAGGCCUUGUUUCCGAGAGACGCGCCUCCGGCCCGCUGUUUCGGGCCCCUCUCUCCUCCCCGCCGCCGAGCCUUGUCCGCAGCAGCCCAGGCCUUCGAGAACGGCGUCCCCUUCUCCUCCGCCUCCGAGCCCAACUCCAGGGUGCAGUCGCCCUGCCCCGUAAAGCCCAGAGUCUGCUCCCCGCCUCCAAGCGGGCCCCGGGCCUGCAGCUUUGCCCCCUUGUGUGCCCAGCCUCCCGGGCAGCCACCCGCCCACAUUGCCUCCCCAGUGCCGUUGGUGCCAGACUGUGCCACGGGGCUGGCCGCGCGGCCUCCUUUGAGGCCACGGGGAAACAGCCUCCCCAGCGGGGGGCUGGCCGAGACCCCAGCCGUAAACGGGGACCAGGCGCCGCUAAGGUGUGCCAAGGGGGCUCCCCAGAACUUGCCCACUCCGACGCCCAGAGGCUCCCCCGGUUCCCACGAAAUUGGCAGCAUCAAGUGGCCCAACGUGCCAGGCCUGUGUCUGAAGUACGUGGGCAGGGAGUGCCGGCCGAGCUCCCAGAGGAGGCCGCUUGAGGGGGAGGGCUGCCCCGAAUCGGACUCCCCCGUAAGCACGGACCCGGCGCAGCUCUCUGAGAAGAGCCAGCAGAGGGCCAGUUACUCGACGACGGUGAAUAUCCAGAUUGGUGGCAGCGGUAGGAUCGCCUCCUUCAGCAACGCCCAGGUCAGCCUGACCCACCCGCUGCUGCCCACCCCGGACCAGCCGAGCGUCAGGAAGGUCAACGGCAGUGCCUUAGAGGGGGGGCCCAAAACGUGAACUUUCCGGGUCCUGCCCGGGGCUAGGACCAAGCCCUACCACUGCGCCCAGGGAGGGGGUGAGAAGGCGGGAGUGGCAGGAGAGUUUAAGGGAGAUGAAUUGUGGGUGUGCAGUCCGAAAGAUCGGCAAAGCAGCUCCCUCCCCCCCCCCCAAAUGCCACAGGGAAAGGUGAUUUCUCCUCCUUCCCCUCUUUGAACCUCACUCUGUUGGGAAUGAAUAAUUCGCCUGGGUUGGAGUCAGUUUCAGUUCAUUGGUAGCAGCCAGAAAGGUGAGUUGGGUGCCGAAACAAUUGGGGUCACUGUUUCAGGUGCAUGUGUGUGUGUGAGGGGGGUCAUUUUCUCAUGUUUCUUGCCCCCACUGCCCUGCCUUUCUCCCCCCAGAUUUAGGACAGGUUAUGGUGGGUUUUUGUUUUGGAAGAGAUCCAGAGCUCCCAGUAAAGACGUAUUAUUUGUUAAACCACUGUACAGCCGCAUCCGCCUUGUACAUUUAAAGCGCUGUGCUGCCCCCUUUAAACUGUCAUGGCUUCUCCCUCCCGCACAGAAUUCUGGGAGCCCUAGUCUGCGAUGGGUGCCCAGCGUUGACAGGAGACCCUCGUAUUUCCCUCCCGGGGCCACGAUUCUCCCUGGGAACUGUAAUCUACCGUUCGUUGUCGUGAGACCACAAUCUUCCUCUGUCCCUCUGCAACCUUGCAUAAUUUCAUAAUUGAUAUCUCGGUUGGCCCCUUCUGACCGUUUGCCAGCCAUGGUUUAUUUAUUUUUAUUUUCUGAGGCGAGCGGAACAGCGUUCCGAAUGUGGCUGUGCCAUGGACUUCCGUAAACUGGCAGUGUAUAGCAUCGCCAGUUUCGUUUGCGGUCCGACUCCUGAUAAAACGGGAUUUGCCUUUCUCUCUUUGCAAUAAUGGAGGAAUCCCUGACGGAUGGGCACCCAACCCCUGUUUAAAAACCUCCGACGAAGGAGAAUAGCUCUCACCGUCAGAAUGGUCUUCCUAACAUUUAGUUGGGAUCAUGACCCUGAACUUUUGUUUACCCAGGGCUUUGGGGAAGCUCAAAUAUACGGUGCGUUCCUACCACAGCAGUCCAUUCCAUCCCCACAGACUUGUUGUCCCUGCCAAAGCACUCCCAAAAAAUUGGUGAAAGAAGGAGUUUCCUUUGCGGAAGCCAUGCUGAUCUUUCCUUCCUUCCUUCUAUAUCCUUAACAAUGCUCUCUUUAAUAAGGCUUUCCACCAGUUUUCUAAGGGCCAAUGUUAAGCUAAUGGAUUCAUCAUUAUCUGUCUCCCUCUCCUGCUCCCACCAAUACCCUUUUUUAAACAAAUUAAAAAAUGGUAUUACCUUGCCUGUUUUCCCCAGCAAAGAAUUGACUUUUACUGACAUGAUUUCAGCAGCCAAAUCUGUCCGUUUUCGUUGAGAUCAGCAGGUUCACUUUUCAGUCAAAGAACUGCCAUUCUGUGCAGACUUGUGAAUUUGUCAUUUCUCAGUUUGCCCUGGAAUAUCAUCUCUGAUCUUCUCUGUCUACUUAUUUCUUCAGACAUACCCCGUCCCCUGGAAGAAGAAGAAAAGGUGUGGGUAUCUGCCCAACAUCUUCCACUGAUUGUGAAAAGAAAGGCAGGUCAUUCAUUCAUAGAAUAACAAAACAGUAGAGUUGGAAGGGAUCUCCAAAGGUCAUCUAUUCCAACCCCGGGCAAUGAAUACAUCUCUGCAAUCUCUCUCUCUCUCCUUUUUUUUUUAUUUUACCACACCUUCCACUCUGUUGUCAUCCAAUGGUCCUUCCAUUUCCCUGGACAAUUUCCUGCUUUUGGUGUAUUUCCCAAAAAUGUUUCUUAACAGUUUUAGCAAGAUGCUCCACAAAUUAUUUCCCCCACCCCAAACCGUAUCAUCAACUUACAUCCGCUGUGCCAGACAGAGCUUCCUCUCAGUUUUGUUCUCCUUUGGCCAAGACCUGGCACCUUUUUAGAACAUCCUUGCCUCUGCUUGUUAGCCACGCUGGCCUCCUCUGAGAUGUCCUCAUUUCUUCUGGCUCACAGCCCAGCUGAGCUUCUGUUGUGGUUUUACAGAACCUCCAAGAAUCUUUCAAAGAGGGGAUCCCACCUCCUUGACUCUCCCUUCCAAGAAGUCCUCCUGGUUUUUGAGAAACUUUCAGACGGGUUCCUCUUUAAAACAAGCACCAGUGGCUCCUCUUGCCAGCGUAACGCCCAAUUUCUUAUAUUUUCAGGGUCCUUUUUAUUCUCCUUUGCACCAUCUGGCCCUGUCGUGCAGGACGGCCAAGAAAACAUCCCAAGAUAUCCUCUGUUAGGAACUGAACGGCGUGUCAGUGUUCUCCUCCCACAAUUGUGGAAGUCGCUAGCAGAGGAAUUUCAAGGGCUAAAAGUAUCUUCGUGCCAGAGGCAGCCUAGCGCCUCCAUCGACUCAGACCCCAGUCCAGCUAGUUGUGGUGGAAGUAGACCAAACUUCCUGAUGCCCUUCAGAUGCCCCCCAUGUAAGAACACCAGAAGACCCCUGGUGGAUCAGGCUAGUGCCCCAUCCAGUCCAUCAUCCUGUCCUCGCAGUGGUCAAACACCCCUAGGAACCCAGGAUAGACUGCCUCUGGACCUGGGGACUCCAUUGUUGUUGUUUAGUGGUGUCCGCCUCUUCGUGACCCCAUGGACCAGAGCACGCCAGGCACUCCUGUCUUCCACUGCCUCCCGCAGUUUGGUCAGACUCAUGCUGGUAGCUUGGAGAACACUGUCCCACCAUCUUGUCCUCUGUUGUCCCCUUCUCCUUCUGCCCUCCAUCUUUCCCAACAUCAGGGUCUUUUCCAGGGAGUCUUCUCUUCUCAUGAGGUGGCCAAAGUCUUGGAGCCUCAGCUUCAGGAUCUGUCCUUCCAGUGAGCACUCAGGGCUGAUUUCCUUCAGAAUGGAGAGGUUUGAUCUUCUGGCAGUCCAUGGGACUCUCAAGAGUCUCCUCCAGCACCAGAAUUCAAAAGCAUCCAUUCUUCGGCGAUCAGCCUUCUUGAUGGUCCAGCUCUCACUUCCAUACAUCACUACUGGGCUCCAUUAGGAACUCAAGAAAGAGCCUGGCUGCUGGAUCAGGUCCAUGGCUCUUCUAGUCCAGCAUCCUGUUCUCACAGGGGCUGACCAGAUGCCUUUACUGGGAAACCCACGAGCAGGAUUCAAGCACAACAGCCCUCCUGCGGUUUCCAGGAACGGUCCAUCCGAAGCAUUGGAGGCAGGGCAUAGCCAUGGUGACUGGUAGCCAUCAGGAGCAUUCUCUGUGCCCUCCAUGCUUUUGCCCAGUCUUCCUUUAGAGCCAUCCAACUUGGUGAAUCAUCACCAAGCAGCGGGGAGUUCCAUAGUUCAUUGGGCGAAGAAGCAAUGUCCAGAGACAUCUGGAGGAGCCCAGGUUGGAGAACGAUGAGCUACCGUAUUUUUCGCUCUAUAAGACGCACCCGACCAUAACACACACCUAGUUUUUAGAGGAGGAAAACAAGAAACAAGAAAGCAAC